ACAGAGGGACUCACGCAGUCACUCACACACACACACACGGAGGCAGCGGCGCGUACAGACACACACACAGAGAGCAGAGAGGAGCAGCAGCAGCAGCAGCAGCGGCGGAGGAGCGGCGCGCUGAGGCCGGGCUGUGUUCAUGACCACUCGGAGCUGCGGACAUAUUUACAAGUUUCCAGCAGAAAAUCCGCCGACAUGGAGCGGGAAGUAUGGAUUUAAAGCGCGCAGGAGCUGAAAUGGGCGCAGUGCUGCUGCUGUGGAGCUGCCUGUUGUCCGCGGCGCACGGUACGUUCCUUUUUUUCUUACUACUCGGUCCUUUUAGAGCAGCACUGAGGGUUAAUAACCGAUAAAAACAUGGAAAUAACCGACAACAACAAGCAGAGAAGUGAGCGAAUCUCCGCUUGAGCUCCAGACUGAGCCGAGCGGAGCGCAGCGCAGCGGGCUGUGAUUCCUCCUCUCAAAGUUCAGUUUUUAUGUCCCAAGGGUGCAACUACACAAUAGUGGCGGUGAAAGUGUGGAAGUCUGCAUUGUUCGAGUGUGUGGUGAUGAGAGGAGGCUAGAGCUGUGCGGUUAUUUAACCACCCGGAGUGUUGCUGCUCCUCCGGUGCAAUUUUUUGUAGUUUGUGUGCGUCGGAGCAGAAGUGAAGUUUGGAGCAGCUCGGGUCUGAGGGGCCUCGGCUGCUCCAGCCAUUCCUGCUCGGUGUCGGGUGUCAGGCUGACUUUCUGCUCUCGGAGGGGAACUCAAGUCAGAUUUUGGUGUUUAUUGAGGGGGUAAAAACGCUGCCGGACACUCAGAGAGUAGGUUUAUGUCUCUAUUUUGAUGCUUUUCUCUUCCUUUCGGGUCAUUUGUGGUGGGAAUGUUUAAAGUGAGAGUGUGCAGUCAGAGGCGGAGCUUCGCCUCCUCUCAUAUGGAUGCAUGGAGGCAUUACAUCAGGGCCAACAGCUACACACUACCAGACUGCUCAUAUAUCUGCUGCUAAAUCUACAAAGUCCAGGCUCGGUUCAUGAUCGAGCAACCACCUGUAAACCUGAACUACUUAACUAAACUCUAAUCUAUCGACUUCAAACCUCAAAACCUGCUGAGGGGAGUCUGAAUAUUUCUCUUUAUCACUUUGAUUUCUUUGAGGUGGGUUCAAAAAACCUCUGCAAACUACAAAGUUAGGUCUAUAAGACAUUUGAUGCAUGUCAAGCUCAUUCAUAAAGCUUCAUUCACACAGAGAUUAAAAGUGAUUUAUAAAGAGAAUGUUUCGAACAUAAAACAUGCAACAGUAGAGAAAAAUAAGAUUUUCAGAUUGUAAAUAUUGUGUACUAAAAUGUGAGAUUAACAGAAGUAUAUUUGUAUUAGUUAAACUGAAGGAUUAUUGAGUUUAUGAUUUAGGUUAUUGAGUUUAUGAGUAAACAGCUAAAAAGAUUCAGCAUGUUUUAAAAAAGGUAAUCAACUGAGGAAGUCUUAGGUAGAAAGUUAUAAGUCAAGAGUGAAACUGCACAAAGUCAAAGCAAAAUAUGCAUUUUGAUUGACAAACAGCUCAAAUAUGAUGAAACUAAUAAAGCUGCACAGUUAAUCCAUGCAUGAGAAAAGACACAAUAUAAGAGCAUAAUGACAGCCUUUAAAGAGAGAUGUCAGGAUGAGUCAAAAUCUUGAGAACAGAGUUUACAGAGCGCUUUCCAUGAAACAACAACACAGUAAUGACAAAAUAGUGUAAAUAUUAAGUACUUUGAGAGAUAGACAAGAUUUAAAAUCACACACCGAUUCCAGAUUUAAAUAUGAAACUGAUUUUGUCAAUAAAGUCCCCAAGGGCUUUUUUUAAACCCUGCCCUCCAGAUGUGAAAAAAAACUGUUUUGUUUUCCUCACACUCAAACUAUAAAAUCACUCUGUUCUCAGGACUUCAAUUUUUUUUUUAUCAGUGAAAACAAAAAAAGAAAAAGAAAAACAGAAAAAGUGACGGACCAACAGUCCCUCGGUCAUUCUGGAUCCCAUCUUAUCCACACAAAGGUCUAAAUAACCAUGAAAUAUAAAAUGAGUACAGUAAAUAGAUAAAGUGGUUCUUAUCACUGAUUACUGUAGUAGAUUAAAGUCAUCUUACAGUGACUAUGUGAUCUUUAACAUUUAUUUAUAAUGAAGAGUCUGUUUUCAGUUUCAGUUUGAGACUCUUUAUUGAUUAUAAAGUCUAUUUUUAGGGCACCUGUCAUAUGAGAAAUGCAGUUUAGAGUGUUUUAUAAGAGGAGAAUUACAGACUGAAUAUAAAAAUGAACAACUAGAGCUGAUAAAGUGACAUGAUGGAAAAUAAAACAUGAUAAUAAUUGUCAGAAUAAGGUCAUAGCAGAUGGGGAAAAACAGAAAGCACAACACAAGGAAACAAACAACUCGAUUAAAAAGACGAUGAAAUUAAGAUGAAAAUAAAAUACCUGAUAACAAAGAAAAAACAGAAAAUGCAAUGUUGAAAAACAGGACAAGGUUUAAAAAGCUUGUAGUUUAGAGACGUUAUGAGGAGAAAGUUUUUAAUUUGCUUUUUUAAACUUAAUUAGGUUUGGUAAAAGUCGGUCUGUGUUCGGUCCUAGAUCUGACUGGAAAUUAAAAAUGACAAAAUUUGCCAAUUUGGUGUCCAGGAUAGGGAUGGGCGAUAUGGGCUAAAUUUAUCACGAUAAGAUUUGCCAUUCUGGUGAUAACGAUAAAAGUCCCGAUAAAAAAAUAUUUUAAUUCCAAUCUAUAUUUUUGACUCAUUUUGUCUUGAGAACACCAGUUGGAGUAGUCAAAUAAGAUACUCAACCCUAAGUUUGAGUGGUAGGUUAUUGAGAAAACUAAUGACAUCAAACAAGUUGAAAUUUGAAAACACUUUCACCACUUAUUUAAAACUCUGGUUGCACAGAGUGAACAACAUCAAAUCCACUGUCUGAUGUCAGACAUACUUGAUUGCAUUCAUCUAAGCCCCAAUCUUGAAGGAAAUCCCUCAUGUGGAGCCUCAUUCAGUAAUGAGCAGCUCAGAAACGUUUUCUUCACCAUCUUCAGCCAUGUUUGUUUGUUACUCGGCUCUGUGCGGGCUAUGGCUGUGAGUCAGUCUCUCGCGCUUACGUUAUCAACUUGCAUUUAUUGUAUUUAUCAUGAGAUGGCAAAUAUUUAUCAUGGAGGAUUUCUCUGAUGAUGUACGGUAAACGAAAAUUUAUUGCCCAUCCCUAGUCCAGGAGUCCUGUUUCUAUGGCUGUUAUAUUGUAAAAGGUAUCUGUAAUGUUUGAUUUUCAUUGAUAUCAUUGUGAAACUCAAGAUUCUGGCAUAUGGACGAUGAAUCAUCGACUGACAUCAGGUUUUAGGAUGAUGAUGAGGUAGCAGGUGGGAUGAUAGCCAAUACUUUGUGCUGACUUGUUGUCUUUUUCUCUAGUUUGUUGUAGCUAGGAGGAUAUCUGCAAACUUAAUCAGCAAAAUUCACGUUAACUUUGUGUUUUUACUCUAUAUAGACUCAUUCAUCUUUUUGCACAUUGAUUAGCUGGAUUAUCAGCAUCUAAACAUUAUACCACUAGGCUGAUAUCAGCGUCAUCUUGUCUCAACAGAACCAUGUUUGUCUUGUCCUAAAUCACAGCACAGCAAGUCCAAAACCUGGCUUGUGUUAAAUCUAAAUGCUGUUGUGUUGUAAUAAAUAACACAAGUUAUUAUAUUUAAUAUUAGACUAAUGCAGUUUAAUUUUUCUGCUGACAUGAAUAUCAGUCAUGAUAUUCCUCUGUUGUGAUAUUUUAUGGAGUCAAAAAUGUUUCUGACUACAUUAUUUAAUAAAAUCUUUGUUCAAAUUCAGCAAUUUAUCUUUCUCUUUUCUGUCUGACUAUCUGAAAUGACUAAAAUAGAAAAUACAGAGUUAAUUUAGGUUUUAAAAUAAAAACAAAGAAAGAAAGUCGCAAAUAAUGCUUUUACUCCAGUGCUUAUAUUAAUCUGAUAUUCAAGGUUUUCUCAGUCAGUAACCUGGUGUAGAUAAAAAUAUGUUGGGUUAUGCUUUGGAUUUUAGAUAAUGACAGAUAUUCACGUCUGAAGGAUUUUCAAAUGGCAUUAUUUGUAUGAAACACUUGACAGUCACUGUUGUAGAUUUGAAAAGUGUGAGUUAUAAUUCUGAGGAGAUUAUUGUGACAUUGGCUUUGUGGGCGCUGAUGUCUACCAAAUUCUUUCAAACUCUCUAAAUGAAUAAAAGCUUGUUGUUAUGUUUGAAAUCGAGUCAUAUUUAUGAACUAUUUAUUUACUUGUUUAUUUGACAAAUGUAUGAGACUAGCCCUGGCUUAUUUGAAGUUUAGGCGGUUAGGCAUCCGUCAUGAAGACAGAAAUGACAGAGUAUUAAGUUUGAAAUGUCAGAAGCAUUGAAAACAUACAAAAAGGUCACUUUAAUCGAUGAAAAAGAGCUUACUCCUCCAGACCAGACAGAAACACGAGCCUGAGUCCAUAACAGACAUUCACCAAACACAGUGCCACUGAUCUCUGCCACUCCUCAGGAGUCAAAGGUCAACAGCAGGAAUGGUUUACACAAGCACCGUAACACAACAGGACUGUAAAUAUUUACAACAGCAACUCUGAACUCAGCAGAACCCGGUCUGCAGGAGGGCGAGAGAUUCAUGUUCACGACACGCACAGCAAAUACACACAAACCACAACUGUUCACACACAAACUGUGAUGUUCAGGAUUAGGUACACAGUGUGUCUGUCAGAGUGGAAGAGUUCAGAGGCGACCAUGUACACACACUCCUCACACACUUCACACACACUCUGCAAAAUCACCAACUCUGUGUUAGUGCAACACAGGCAAACGCCGCAGCAGUGUGUGAGCACGUCAGAGAGAGAAAGAGCGAGUGUGUGUGUGUGUGUAAUCACUGUGCAAAUAACUUAAGCUUUGCAUUACACUCACUGUCAUGUUUAUUAUACAUAAAUCAAUGGGUGUAAGGUUAAUAAAAUGUCAUAAAAUUAUGAAAACUAUCAAUCAGUGCUUUGAAAGGUUGGGACAACAUUCAUAACAAAAUGCAGAGCCAAAAUCUCUUGAGACACGAGUAACUGGGAACUGAAACAAGCGCCUAAAAUUCUUUGUAUCUCAUGAAUAAAAUUUUUCAGGCCUUUGGAGCUGCUGGCUGGAAGGGACCUGGGUUGACCGCUCCACUUAUAACCCUUGUGUACGGGGCGCAUGUUUUGACAAUUGGGCCAGCAGCAGUGCCCUACAUAAGUUCUACUCCAAUCAGUUCAGUUCACUGUGUUUUAGUGCCCAGCAUCCCUCACUUCCUCAGUUUCACCUUUCUGUUGUCACUGCACCCCCGGAUAAAAUUAGUUAAUCUACAUUGAAGUUAUUACAUUAUGAGCCAGUAUUGAACUGUGAGCCAUUAUUACAUUAUGAGUUUUUACAGCCAUUCAGAGCAGUUCAAAACAGAUUUAACAAACAGGAACAAGAGUGGUGCAAGCAACAAUCAACACCAGAGACAGGGGCACUUGUGCUGCACUCAAAGCCAUCAGUAGAUGCAGGCCUCAAGGUCCUUUCACACCUUGUCGUGCAAAAAUUUCGUACGUCAAUAUUUUUUUUCCGACGUCAAUACAAGCGUUCACAUCUGUGAUAUUUUCCCGUCCUGCGAUAUUGUGGCAUUUAUUUUUUCGGAUCAUGGUCAACUUUUCUAAAGUUUUGCAUACUGUGUGUCCACCUCUGACCAAUCAGAUUGCGUGUUGCUGUGACAUCUGAUUCACCAGUAUAUCCAACAUGGCUGACUGGCUGAUAGUUUACGUGUCGGAGAAUAGAGUGCUUUUUGAUAAACAUUAUAAACAUAACGACCUGAAGGGUUGUGGAGAGUCAAAGCGUCGGAUCUCUCAUAUGACGAUGGUUUGUGUGCUUUAACAGUUUCCUAAACGUCUUUGUUUUAACUUUCAUAUGUGCUAACGUAAGCUAACGGUUGUUACCAUAGUUUCAUGUACUUAUCUUAUCGCCUCUGAUUGGCUAUAUGUGCUGGCCAUUUGGCUUGUGAACGUGUGAUGAUGUUUCCAGCUUUUCUAGCCAAUCAGAGGCAAAGGAGGCAGGACUUUCCCCAGGAAACGUCUUCUUCGGGAUGCGUCUUUCCCCCCCCGGAAAGUCGCAAAAUCGCAGCGGGCUUAAUGUGUAUAGUCAGACGCGUCAAAAUUCACCUCUCAAUAUUUCGUAAUUUCCCGUUCUAUAUUCGAGUGUUCCUUCUGUUUCAAGUGCAUUUUUAUGGCUUAGAUUUGCGAUCCAACAACUUUAUUUGCCUUUUUUUUUGCUGUGGCCUUUGUGGAGCUGUGCUCUCUGCUGGGGCGAUGUAUGAUCUAAUCUAUCUGUAUGAAACUGAGCCUGUUUCCAAGUGCAUGACUGUUAAAGAUUUUACUUGAGCAUCUCCUUCUCCAUCUGUGUGUCCUCUGUGAUGUCUGUGAGUUCAGCCCUGCAGUCUUCCGCCCUUAUUUGGACAUUAAAGGUGUGUGCUCCUGCAAAUAAAGAAAUACCAGCAAACAUGUCAAUCAUUAAUAUGAGAACACAGUUUGGAUGAAACUAGCAGAUGAAGAACUGAGUCAUAAACCAGGUGAAAGUUUAGAGAGAAGUGGAAAAUCAGACUUGUGGAGAUGAUGGUUGGUACGUUUCACUGCAGAUUCAGGAAGUGUUUUUUUAGUGACGUGACUGUUCUGGAUUUGUCUGGAUUUUAUGACCUGAAAAGUCAACUCAUGGGACUGUCAGUCAUCCACGGAGACGUCAGCUGGUUUUAGUUCCUGCAUUUUUCCGUAUCGGUUAUCAGUUACUGCAGAGGUGCUCCCAGUAACUGAGCAAAUAUCUAUUAGCCACUUCAGAUGUGUUGUAGCUGUAAAAGGACAUUUUUAUCCGUGCACUUAACUGAUGUUUUCUAAAAUCUGCGCUUAAGUUAUCAUUUCUUAUUUGAAAUGGCAAUACAGACCUAUGUCAUCAUGAAAUUGCUGUUCAUUUCGGUUCUUCAUGAUAUAUGUAUACACAGUUUGCUGCAGAAGAGCAUCUCUCUCCUCUCUUUGUGUGCAGCCUGGUGACAGUGAGUUACCAUGGUAACAGGACACGCUAUGGCCGUCACUCUCAGACUUUCUUUUAACUCUGAUUUGCUGCCAUAGAAUCUGAUUUAGAGGUGGAAUAAAGCUCUGGAAUAGGAUCCAAUCAGCUCUAUUACUUAUAACUAAACUAGAAUAAUUCCAGUCAUGUGACUCAAAACUGAGCUGUACAUUUAAAAGCUGCAGAUGUUUAAACUGUGCUGAAACGGUCAGUAAUUCACAGACAACUCAAAUUAAACACACUUGUCUUUGAUGUGACAUGAUGCCAGGUGAGCAAAUACAGAGGCUGAAGGUGGAAAAAUAUAUUAAAAACAGAGUGAAAACAACAGACAAUGAUGAAAAAUAGACCCAAAAAAAGCAGGAGAACCCCAGACCCUCACCCAUUUAUAUUUCUUGUGCUCGGGGGCUGUAGUUCAACUCAAUCAUCUCUUUAAUAAUACACAGAAAAGUUUCUCUGCGGUUAUAAAAUGAGGCAUUUGCAGCACCCUGCAUUUUUUUCAUGUUUUUCUGUCCUCUUCUAAUCACAAACCUGCUCCUGUGUCCUCGCUGAUGUCCUGUUUGUUUGACCCCCAGCAUCCCUCACUGCCUCCAUAUGAGGACAUUCAUGCUGUUUCUGCAGAACGUUUAACUAGCCAGAGGACAGCAUCUAAAAUUGAUGUUAAAUGGGACCACAAAGGGUUAUAUUUUGACGAGUUUAAUGACCAAUCCACCGUUUUUGAAUACUUUAGACUGAGGAAAAAAACUGUCCGACACAUGUAAACACUGUGGAAAUGUUUUGAUUCCUGCAAAAAUCUGCAAGGAUCUUUGAGUAUUUCUGUAGCUGCUGCACUCAUCAUCAUCAUCAGCCUGCACAGCUGUACAUUCACUGUACACCCCCCUGCAUUCACUGAAUUCAGUGACUAUAGUUCACCAAAGCUGCGUGUGAGUCUGUUGUUUUGUUUGCACGAAGGAACGCUCAGAAUCAACAAACCAGGGCGAGACCUGACAAGGCUGACUGACAAGAGAGCAGAGCCAGUGCUAAUGCUAAAGCUAAUCAGACCGCUGAAAACAAGCGUAUUCACUCUUCAGAUGAAGUUUAAACAAACCUGGAAAAAAACAUUUUCAAAUGUGAUUUGAGUCUGCAUGGAAAACUGACAUAUUUUACAGCCAUCAGUAAAUUUUAAGCACCUAUUUUGUUAUUUGUACAGAGAAAGCGUAAAGCUGAGAACUGAGAUGCAGCAGAACGAAGCCUCUUUGGCUGCAGGUGAAGAAAAGACGGGAGUUUGAAAGUGGAGGUCAGGAGAAGAGAUUUGGUGACAGUGCUGAGGAGGAAUGUAAGGAAGAGAUUGAUAUCUUUUCCUGUUUGUGUUGCACUGGUGUGAAACUGCAGAGCGGUGCUGUGCUGUUUGAAUUUCAUACAAACCCAACAGAGUCAGAGGAAAUGGGAGGAUGGAGGAAUGAGAGGAAAAAAAAACUGCAGGGAGAAAAAAAGAAAGAAGAAAGAGGAGAAGCAGAGGUAAAAAGAAAGACUCAAGGGUUUGCAUGCAGUCAGCAAAAAUGUGGGAUUUAGUUCAAUGUUGUCAAGUCUCAAAAUGCUCAGUAUGUACAGAAAACUGGCCUGUUCCGAUUUUCAGAACAUAAAACUGUACAUUUUUAGAGUGAGUAAAUCUUAGGACCGUUGAUUUAAUAGAGUUGGAGCGUAAUUUUGACCAGUGUGUGAGGGCGAGCAGCCAGAGGGAGUUUGAAGUUAAAGCCAGGUAAUAAAUAACUGUUUUCUGUUGUUUUUUCUUCAAUCUUUAUCUGAAAAAGAAAAUACUCCAGACCUAUGUAAAAAUGAAAAAUGUCCAAAGCAAGAGUUGGCAUCGAUUUGCUUACUCCUGCAUUAAGCUGUCUCUGUGUUGGAUCACUGUUGAAACUAUAAAAAAUCCACAGACUGUCAAAUAGCAAUAAUAAUAUGAAUAACUUAUAUAGCACCUUUAAAAACAUACAUUCACAAAGUGCUUUAACAGAUAGAACAAACAAAGGCAGAAACAGGCAGAACUCAGAGUUUCUGCAUUUUCUUUCAAACUACUGUCUGUCCUUCUCUGAAAUUGUGAAAUACACUGUAAAUACAUUGUAACUGCAUAAUUUAGAUUUAUAUUUCAGUCGUUUUGCAGUGAGGUUGUAUGAUUUUCAAGUCUCUACAAAGUGUUUAAGCCACAGUGAAUGUUGGUCAGCUCAGCACUGCAGGGGGAACCUGCGUACAAGCUAGGCUACAGUUUUCUGUAAAUGGGCUGAGACGUAAUUUAGCUCAUUUAGAGAGACUCUGAACCAAACACUGAUUUCUGACUGAGCGCCUUAACUUUGUUCACUAGUUUCAGUCCUGUCACAGCCUUUAGUCGCAUAUCUUCCCCUCGCUUUUCCCCUACACUUCCUGUCUCUCCUAUCUAAUAAAGGGGGGAAAAGCCCCCUAAGAAUACAUAAGAAGAUGUUCAGAGUAAAUCUGAAAAAUCUAAGAAGUCUGGAAACAUGAGUCAGGGUACCGAGGAGGAAGUGGACCACCAAAAAAGUUAUAUAUUUUUUUCAACACCAGCUUUUUUGAUUGCCCUGAAAGUUGUCCACAGACAGCAAAUGUCAGAAUUUAUUGAGGAAAAAAGUGUGCUGACACCCUGAAAGUUUGUGGUAAUCUGCUUUUAUUCUUCACACACACAAACACUACACAUACAUUCAAACAGACACACACACACACACACACACACACACACACACACACACACACACACACACACACACACACACAGAUGCACACAUGGGCUGCAUAAACACACUCCCUGCACUCACCACACAAUUUCUUUUGUCCCAACUGAGGAGGUGUGACAGAACUCCCCUCCUUCUUACAACAGUCCCUCUAAGACACACACACACACACACACACACACACACACACACACACACACACACACACACACACACACACACACACACACACACACACACUGAGAGUUGCAUUGAGAUGUGCUGUGAUAAGAAGUGAGGGAGCCUUUUAGCUUUCUUACUGCAGGGAGAACAAAACAGGAGUGUGUGUGUAUGUGUGUGUGUGUGUGUGUGUGUGUGUGUGUGUGUGUGUGUGUGUGUGUGUGUGUGUGUGUGUGUGAUGGGGGAGGAGGUCAUACUGGGGUGGCAGCUUGCAAAGAAAAGGGGUCCCAAAAGAAGUUUCUAGAGCAAUGCACCGCUGCACCCCUUUCUACACACACACACACACACACACACACACGGAGCGUACUUUGAUUGUUAAUCCUUUUCACAAACUGAAUUGCAGUUUUUUGGUCUGAUCUUUUGUGUCACACCGCUCUUGCACACACACUUACACACACACGCACAGUUGACACACAUUUGUAGCGUCUUCAGUCGGAGUUAUUGUGGUUUUGUUUGACUAAAAUGUGUGAGGACAAAAAGAAAUUUAAACAAAUCUUCACAGUGAAUUCACUUUUUUUUUCUCUCUCUCUCAAACUAUCAAAGCUGCAAAUUCUUCACCAAAAAUUACGAAAAUAAAAGUAACACAGGGUAAAAUAAUCAGCUGAAUUACCCACAGAGGUCCCACUCUCUUAGAAACAAACAGACAUGGUGAAUCAAAUCUGUACUAACACUGAAACAUAAUAUUUGAAAUUAAAAUCGCAGUUUCUCCAAUGAUCUUCAGUAUAGCUGAAUGAGUGAACUCUAAACAGAUGCUAUUUUAGCUUCUCUCCCUCAAUAAUCCAAACUAGUUUUCUAAGCAAUCACACAAAACUGCUUUAAUGAAGUUUACUUUUGAUUUACACAUCGGAUUAAGGCAGUCCUUCACCAAUAUCAUGUUAAUGUUAAGUACAGUUCAGCCUUAACUACUGCAGAAAAUGCUCUGAAAUCAAAAACUUCACUCAGCAUCAGUGUGAGCCCACAGCCUGUAUGUCGGAGCCAAAUGGCUGUAGGCACAGUGUGUUUCCAACAACCAGACUGCAGCUAAUGGUUGAGACCAACCAUUGUCUAACUGUGUAUGAAUAAUAAUAGCUGUCUUUAUGUUUUUAGUCUAAUCGUGUUUUUUUCCUCCCCAGCAGGCAGUAUGUUUUCAUGCACAGGAGAGUCCAGCUAUGGUUAUAGCUUGAUUAAAAGCUCUGACUGGACUACUGUCCUUGUUCCAGGUUAUAAGCACUGAGCAAAAAUCAAAUUAUUGACAGAGGCGUGUCUGCCCCUGAUAAAGUACAGGGAUGAGAAUUGAUAAUCUUAGAAAACUAAUAUCAUUAUUGAGACUCCUAAAUAACUCGAGUCCUUAACAAUACCACUGAAGAGUCUGGUUUAUUAUAUAGAUUUUUUUCAGUAAAAAACAUUUCUUCUUUUUCUGGGAGUGACAUUUGAACACAUCCUGAUGAGGUGUUAUCUACUUUUGCCUAAUUCUCCUUUUAGCGACCUGACCUCGAACACCUCACAGUGUAUAAGUAUGUCGCUUCAGUUAGUUAGCUAACCAGCUUUCCCUUCUACGGUAGGCGGUGACAUCCCCCUUUUUAGCUUAUUACUGUCAGGUCGUCUCCCAGUUGACGGAUUAUGUUUUAAAUCAGUUAGUAAAAGGCAUUAGCUUGGGGCUAACAGGAUGUACUACAUAAUUACAGCUCUGUAUGUCUGUCUGUCUGUCUACAGUCUCUUUGUUUUUAUGUUCCUAUGAGGUUUUGUUUACUUCGGAAGUUUUGUUUUGUUUACUAUCCAGCUCCUGGGUGACGCGUUCACGCUGUUCAACUUCUGGCUCAAAGCCUGGUGUGCGAACACUGGAGCAUGCUCAGAAGAUAGUGAGGAAGAUAGAGGCGUAAACAUGGAUGAGAAAAUCAAAUCCCAACCACUAGAUGUGUGUGCAUGACCUGGGUGAUCAGUCUCAGUGUUUCCUGUCCUCAUCAGGUCUCAUUGUUCUGUGUAAGUGUUCAGUAUUUGGGUCCUGCAGUCUGGACUUGUUCUCUCAGUCUUUAGGAGACCUUAAAUGUCCCUCAGAGGUCUGCUGGCUCUCAUCCUUAGAAGAGUGUCUCUAUGAGGACUCAGCUGACCUAAGGAGACCCUCUCUGUGUGGUCCCUCACUCUGGUCCUGGAUCCUCUGUAGCCUGCCUCUGUGUGAACAGAUAGUCACAGUGACCCUGUGAGGAUCUCCUGACUGUACUAAUAUUUUUGUUUACUGUGAUAAUUUCAGUCAUUCAGUCUCAUGUUGGCGGUUGUUAUCAAAGAUGGGAAAAAUUAAACGCAUUAACUAUCUAAAAGAAAGCCGACGUAUCUCCUGCAUGCCCGACUUUCUUGUCCUCAUACUGCCUCUAUCUCUUCAGCUUUACUCUCAAACAGAGGGAAAAAGAGGCAAAAACAAGUGAAUGACACACCACAUUAGUGAUACAAAACUGAUUUUUUUCCACAAAGAUGCACAAUCACAGCACUCUCUCCAAAUGCUGCAGGCAGGAGAGCCUGAAUGUGAAAAAGUAAAAUAAAGAUAUGAAUAUAAAGUUACAUACAUGAAAUUGAAAUGUUGGAUCUCACUACUAAACAUGUACAAAGUGUCAGAGGUAAAUUCAUGUUGGAGUAAACUCAAGUGAGUCUGCAGGCUGCUCUGAACGACUGGUUCAAAAAGUCAGCAGAAAUAUACAAGACGGGCACAAGGUUUCCUCAGAUCCUGUCAUCACUGAUGAUGAAUCUCCUUAAAGGGAUAUUCUGGCGUAAAUUAAAGUGAUGGUCAAACAUACUGCAACAGUUAGACACCCCAGAGAUGAUUGUUGCCAACUGCUUGCUUCUCUAGUUAUACCAACUUUAGUGACGACCACACGAUAGCAAUACAAAGCGGUCUACUUCUCCACGUGCAAACCUUAACCAAAACACCACUCUAUAGCCACAAAUGAUGCUCUAGCCAUAGCACUAGCCAUCAAACAUCUUUUUAGCUUUGCCUAAUUUCUUUGGCAAAAAGACCAAACACAACUAGCCCACUCUCCUCCAGCAGCCGCUUGUUUGUGGGGGAGCCCUAACGAGUCGAUCACAGAGUGCAGCGGAACGUUUAUGAUCAUCACGUCAUGGAAAUACAAUCAGACUGAGACACAGAGGCAGAAGAACUACUGUGUCUGCAGUGCACAUACAAGAUAUAAAAGAAAUCUUAUUUCAUUUUCAUCAAGUAAUAAUUAUAAAUGUUCUUCCUUGAGCUGUGGCAUUAGUAACUGGUCCACCUGUGCCUCUCUAAGUCUUUUUGUUUGAAUAGUUCAUUUGGAUCCAACAAAUAGAACACAAAAUAAAUAUUACAGAAAGAAAGAACUGUUUCAACAGCAGAUCAGCAACAACUGUUUUCUGUAAGCGACAUUAACAGUGUCAGACUCAGUCUGCAGAUACAGGAGCUGUUUGUGGUUGAUAAAUCCUGCUCCUCUGUAACAACAGCUCUGUUUCUGUAAUAACAGUCUGAGCCUGUUGGGGGCAAAAGUUCGAACUCAGUGGACACAUUUUGACCCACCAAGUGAAUAUAACAGAUAACUGCUUCUUUACCUGCUGCAGGAUGAAGAAAUCUCCUGAAGCAGAUUUCAUCAUCCAAAGACGCCUUAAAUGACAGGGUUUUAUUUUCCUUUUGUUUCAUUCAUCUGAUCAUAUUUUCAUUCAUAGCUGUCUUGUGUUGAGAUCUGGGUCUGUUUUUCCAGUUGGAGGCUGUUGUGUCUGUGGAUGAUGAGCUGCAGCUGGUACAGGAGCUGUGGUCACAGGAGUGUGUUUGUGUGGACUGUAAACAGACGAGUUCAGAGUUCAGACCCAGACUGAAGUCUCUUCAUGUUUUCUAUUACUGACUGAGUGAUGAAUUCAGUAAACUGGAUGGAUCUCAGUGUUUGUUUGGGGACAGGGAGUUGUUGUGGCACAGAUUGACAGAUUCACUGUGUGCUAACGCCGAGGGAUCAGAGGAGGCCGAGCCCAGCCAAACCACAGCUCUGCCACCCGGCCAGAAGAAACCACAGGCUGUCGCAGCUGCAGGGACGACUGCUGCUCUGUACACUCACUCACACACUCAGACUCACACACACACUUUCAUAAUGUUAAUGUGGUCAGGGAGCAGUUUACUCUGAAACAUCCUGCAGAAAACGGUCAAUUUAUUUCUACAAAGUUUAAUCAUCAAGUUGAAGGUCUCGUGUUUUUGAUGACACAUAUUCAGUUUGACGAGGUUUGAACCAGGUAAAUUUUAUACCGUGACACUCCUGAAGUCUGGGUUAGAAUUGGAGUUGGAAUCACUUCUAAAAAUCAACCCCGCAUGUACAAGACCUGCAGACAAAAGUGAGUCCUUACUUCGGUUCUCAAUUUCUGCAGGGAAAGACCUCUUUCAUGAAGUGAACUUACCCUGACUCAGAGGACAGACCCUGGUCCCUGCACAGUCUGCACACCACCUGCACACCCGUCACACUGCUGCUGCUGCUGCACACAGAUGGUAUCAGCUGGAUGAUCUAGACAGGCUGCACUCCCUGAGAGUUUGUGUUCACUGGUUUAUACUACAGCUGCGUGUGGUGUUUGUUAAUGAGGAGGACAUGCCUCAGAGUUACUCUUCCAAAUCAAAUUGAAUUUAACAUUGUGAUUUUUAUUGGUACAGAGGAAAACAAAACUGCAACUUUAAGACAUAACUGAAAAAAGAUGAGCAGAGAAAAGGUUCAUGGGUCCAGUCUGACUGAUGGCUGCAGUGUAAAAGGAUCGCAUGGAUUAUUGGUCUGGAGUAGCUUGUGGUAAGACCAGGAUAGAUAUUAGACAGUGUGAAAAAGGUAGAGGCAGAAAAACUGGUCAGUUAACUGUUUUUCAAACUUUUUUCUGUCAGUAUCUCCAUCUGCAGCACCGUGUGUGUGCUGUAUCCUGCACAGGAGACGGGGAGCUCAAAACAUUACUGAAACAGGUCAUGUUGGAUUGAUUAGUAACACAUUUUAACUUUGUAUAGAUUAGCUCCAUCCCUCACACUUAUAAAAUGUGCCACUGAAUCCCGGUGAUUCGUCAGUGGUGUUAAAAUAAAAUGAAAUAAGAUAAAACUACAGGUCCUUGACUAUAGCAGCCUCUGCCAGAACAGACUACUGUGCAGUCUCUGAUAAACGUACUGCAGAAAGUAAACAUGCACAUGACGCCGUUUCUGCAGAUUCUACACCAGCAGCACAUGUGCAGUGUGAAAAUCUGUGCAGAAGAAGACAUUGAGUCUCUGUCGUAUUAUAAGCUCAUAUCACAGGACUGGUGAUGCUUAUAAAAAAUAAUCAGGAGUUAUCUUGUGUUAGUCCUCUCCUGUUUUAGUGAAGUAAGGUGUAGCUUCACAUGCACUCCUGCAUCUCCGUAGGAUGUUGGUUUAAUGUAGAGGCAUAAUGUUUUUUUUUUUACGUACAUUAAAACACAAUGUAUUCAUCUGAUAUGAUUCCUGAUAGUUCUUGCAGGAAGAAAAAAUGUUGCAGUGUUUUGUUUUUUCAAUGUUGUCUUGUUUUAGAUAUUGUCUUAGACUUUUGCUUCAUGUUUGUAUAUCUCUGCCUGUUCUGACCGACCUCUCUGUUAGUGAAACAGACCUUUAACUUCUGCUUUCUGAGUUUCCAUUUGAGAUCUGGUUCAUGGUUCAGUGUGACAGGUACAGAUCCAUAAGCUCUGUCUCCCAAAACUUUACUAUCUUCAGGUUGCUGAGGUUUCCAAUGUUGAAGUUUUCUUUCAAUCCCAGUGGAAUUCAGGAAAGAUUUCUGUUUGUUUGGUGCUCGCUGCUGGACCUUGCCCUUUAACAUCUUGGUCACUAUUUCACCAACAUGAAGUCUCACAGAAACAUCACAUUGUUUUCUUGUUGGUAAUAUUCAACUAUAUCCUCAUGACUCAUUAUAAAGGUUCUGGGGUUUUGGCGUUCUUACCCAAGACCAGGUUGAUGUUUUGUUGAUCCAGUAAAACCCAAAGGCUUCAGUGAAAUCGUGGACAGGUUGAUGGUUGAUUUGGCUGCAGAUGGUUUUAUAUUCAAGCCAAUGGCAGCGGUAGAAAGGGCUCAUAAAAGGUUUGAAUCUUGUCCUAAAAUGUCGUCUCCUCUUCCUCUUCCUCAGGCUCUCCUCUCCUCCUCUUUGCAAACCGGCGUGACGUGCGACUGGUAGACGCAGAAGGCAUACGGGGCGAGUCGGCCAUCGUUGUCAGUGACUUAGAGGACGCGGCAGCUGUUGACUUCCUGUACUCAGAAGGUUUGAUAUUCUGGACAGAUGUCAGCGAGGAGGCCAUCAAACAGACGCACUGGAACCAGUCGUCCAACUGUAAGGCUGCAGACUAACUGCUUUACCUGUCUUUGGACGUUCGUUUGACUCCUCCUCUUUCUCACUGUGUCUCACUCUGUUUGUUUCUGCAGCUCUUAAAGAAGCCCUAGGGACGGGUCAGACUGUGGUGGUCUCAGGUCUGGACAGUCCUGAUGGGCUGGCCUGUGAUUGGUUAGGUAGGAAGCUUUACUGGACAGACUCUGAGACAAAUCGGAUAGAAGUGGCGAACCUGGACGGCUCCUCCAGGAAGGUCCUGUUCUGGAUGGACCUGGACCAGCCGAGGGCAAUUGCUCUCAACCCAGCUCAACGGUAACCCACAUAGACUCUUCUUACUUGUAAACCUGCUAUCAGAAAAACAGGCUGCAAAAUUUUAAAAAGUAUCUGAAGAAGUUUAAAUGGUGUUGGAGCAAAUGUGCUGCAGGAAGUAAAAGCAUAACGACUAAACACUCACAAACAGCAAACCUCACAAACAGGAAUCAGUGCUUAUCUAGAUUUCCCUACCAGAUUCAGUUUCAGUUCAUUUUAUUCAUCGUUCUGAAAGUGCACGACAAAAGCUAAAGUAACCCCAAUAAGAAACUAAGAAUUAACUAAAAGAAGCAGCUUUACAUAUUCUGCAGAGCUACAGCAGUUCAGAAGUGCAAGAAUUGUUUGAAUUAAAGCAUUUAACAUUGGUGUAAAAAGGAUGAAUCUAAAGAGAACUCCAGUCUAUGACAUGAUGCAAAUCUUUCUACCAUAUAGUAAGAUAUGAUAGGAAAAGUCAUUAUACAGUACGAUAUGAUAUGACACCAUACGGUACAAUAUGAUACGAUAUGAUACAAUAUGAGACGAUACAACACUAUACAGUAUGUACAAUGAGAUACAAUAUCAUAGACCGUAUGUCACCAUUUGGGCAGUUUGUCUUAGAGUAAAGUGCUGCACAUGCUCAACUGCAUCCACAAUAGUACCAAUGAAAAAGACAAAUGAACAACAAAGUGUUAAUAUGAUCCAUAUAAACAGAGAAAACACACCAAAGAGUUCACAGCAAACAAGCAACAUGUGAGUAAGAAACACAUUCAAACAACUCCAAGUUUAUUCAAACAUGUUAGAAAACUGAUAAAUAUUUAAAAACACAGAAAGUAUUUCAAAUAUAAGCCUAUUUAAAGGAACAUAGUUUGGUGCAUUUACUGUAUUUAUGCCAGUCUUAGAUACUCACAGUCCCUCUGACCCUCCACUGCUAGUUCAUGGUCACUCUUUGAGGAAAUUGUGCAUUUAAAUGUGACCUUUUUCACAUAGUGUUGGACCAAUAUUUCUGUCUUUAAAUAGUAAAUUUCCUCUUUCCCCACACCAGAUACAUGUACUGGACAGACUGGGGGGAGGAGCCCAGGAUAGAGCGUGCAGGGAUGGACGGCAGCAACAGGUGAGAGAUCUGUUCAGUCUUCACUGAAUAAAAACAUGAAUGAUGAGCAGCUAUGAGCUGAUGAUCACGUCUCUGACAGGAAAGUGAUCGUGGACCGGGACAUUUACUGGCCUAACGGUCUGACCAUCGACCUGCUGGAGCAGAAGCUGUAUUGGGCAGAUGCAAAACUGAGCUUCAUCCACAGAGCCAACCUGGACGGAUCAGCACGGUAAGGACUCUGGUUAAAUAUAUGUGUGUGUAUAUGUAGAGACAUGUGUGUGUUAGAAUAAAGUUGGUCAUUUUCUCACAGACUUAAUAUAGAAUAGAACCUGGUCGUAUAGUUCAGCACUCUCCUUACCCUAAAAGCAAAUAUGCAGUCAGAAAUAGAGGUAUAGUUACAGGGAAAGAUUUUCCCCCAAAUGUCUGGAAUCAGAGUGCAAAGGUGGUGACCAGUCUGUGUCAAAGCUGAGAAAACACCAGUGAUUAGGGCUACAGAUAAACUGAUGUGUUAUAAACUGAGUACAUGAAGUGCACAGUGACAAACUGUCAAAUUAAUGUCUCAGGGAGGACUGCCUGGACUAGCUCCUUUUAAGGGUAAAACUGGAAGAAAAGCAAAUGAAAUAUUCCUCCCAGAUAGUUGAUCUCAAAAGGGUCACUCCUUCUCCUUCUUCUCCUCCUCCCCAUCCUCCACCGCCUCCUCCUCCUCAUCAUCAUCAUCAUCUUAUUUUCUUAUAACAACAACAACUCUCAGGCCUCUAGAGGUCUCUAAAUACGGUCCCUGAGUAUUUUACUUUCCCCUUUGAACAGAGCAGCAAAUAAAUCAGCCCUUAACUGCAGUUCUUCAAUAGUCCACUAGAGACUGUCUCAAAGUGAAUCAGUCACCAUAGAGCUCCAUGUUAAACGUAUGACAUAAAUUAAGAUUUUGAUAGUUUAGUGCAAAAAAAUGUGGGUCUUAUUUCUUCAUUCUUGACAAGAUCUUAAAAGAAAGUUCACCUCAGAUCGAGAAUCAAACACUCCUGUUUACAUUAGUUUAUAGAUUGAACUCACCUCUAUACGUAACAUCACAUUAUUGUAUUAUAGUUGGGUUAAAUUAGGGGUAUGGCCUCUUUGAGUGACAAGUGGCAGCUGCUUGCUGUCUGCCCUGGGUCUCCUCACUCCCUAAACUUUUCAAGGUGGUGUUUGUGUUGUUGGAGGUUAAUUAAUGUUAAUGUUAGAUUUAAAAUCUGUCCCGCUGUUUGCUUUACUGACUGUCUACCAAGUUUGAUUUUCAGUUUUGAUGAUGUUUUGACAUUAUUCAUGUGUCAGCAGUGUUUAGCAGAUCUCUGUGUCCGUGCUCAUUUGACUCUUUCUGAUUUUGAGCAGGAAUUAAAACCUUACACUCAUGUAUUAAACUUUUGGCCUCCAUAGAUAUUGCCAUGAAACUGCUCAGGUCUGCCUCUUCAAACUUUAACGAUCAGCAGAAAAUGUUCAGAGUAUUCACCCUCUUUUCUUUGCAACAAAGAGGUGGAGGAGGGGAGGAGAAAACGAACUGUUCAGACAGAAUGAAAGAAAAAUAGAGCGAGUAUGAGAGGGUUGUCCAACACAAACAGAGCUGUGGUAUGGAGGCCCCAGUCAAAACACACACUCUCCACACACACACACACACUCCCACUGCAUCAAUCUUUCCCUCUCUCCUUCAGGCAUCUUAUCAUCCCCUCUCUCUCUCUUUCUCUCAGCCUCCCUCCAUCUUCCUCUCUGUUCUACUCCUCAGUGGAAAUUUCCAGACACUUGUAUUUUUUAUUUUUUUUCACCAUAGUUAAAUAUUGAAAAAGCUCCAUUUCUAGAUCAUAACCUCAGGAGGAGAAGAAGAAAGUGCCAGAAGGUUUCACAUCGAACUCAAGCACAUAAAGAACCGCUGUCAGUCCUACAGCAUCCAAACAUCUGUGAAAUCAUUUAAUCUCAAGUAUCGACGCUUUCUCAACAAGGAAAUUCCAGCAGAAGUAAAGGAGAACAUUUAGAAACAGGAAGGAGGACAAAGGUUAGAAAUAGAGGCUCAAAUCUUGAGUGUCAUCGAUAAAAACAAAGCACUAAGAUUAACUUUAAAUGAAACCAAACUACAGCUGACUGAUUUAGUCCUUGUGGGUCAGCCCAGAGGAGUAAAUAAACAUCUCUAAAGGGGCGUCACCCGAGACCUAUAACAUACAAAUUUAGCCCACAUGGGACCGAUCCAGCGCCCAUGUUUGCUAUCUAAACACUGUGUCCAUUUCUCAGACAUAUAUGUUCUUUUAGGUUACUUUUCUGUAGUCAUCAUCUACAAAAAGUAAAAAAAAAAAACACAAUCAAAAGAUUGAGAGAAUCUGGAGAAAUGUCUGUACUGAAGAGACAAGGACCAUAACCAAGAUUGGGUGGUCCUGAUCAUCAGGCCCUCAGGCAACACUGAAUUCAAGACAGACAGGACUCAGGAGUGGAAAUCACUGUAUGGGCUCAAAAUCCCCUCCAAAAACCAACAGAGUUCAUCACUUCAUCUACAAAUUAGGUUAAAACUGAACCAUACACAGAGGAAACCAGAUAGAAACAGGAUCCAGGAACACCAGAGACUUCUCUGGAGCUGAGCCCUUUUAAGGUGGACUGAGGGGAGCGGUGGACACUGCUUCGCCUGUUUUACAAAGGGUCAGUGUCAAAAAAGACUUUUAUUCUGGGAAUUGUAGAAGCUCAGUUCUAAAGAAGAGUCCGAGUAAAAUCUGGUACUCUUUCUGGAAAUCAUGGAUGCUGCAUCCUCCGCUCUAAAGAGUAGAGGGUCCAUUCAGCUUGUUCUCAGAUCCUAGUUCAAAGCCAGCAUCCUUGGGGGGAUAGGGAUCAUCAGAGUCCACAACCUGGUCUGCUGCGUUCACUAAGGUUUAGAGAGGGUUGGUAAAAGAGCUGAGGACCCACAACGAUAAAAACUUUUUAUCAUUAUAAAAAACAUUUUAUCCUCUAUAAAAACUUUUUUAAACAGGUUGCUGACCUCAAAUAAAAAAUUUGGAUAUUUUUCAUAUAACUAUGAAAGUUUUUAGAUUGUUUGAACUGUUUCAAUGAAAUAGAAAUGAUUUGUAAACUUUUAAAAUGUGUUUUUACAUAAGAAUUUUCUUACCGCAAUUUCCUUCAUGCCCGUAGUAUCCAGGAAAUCUAGGACCCUGUAGAUAUUCUAGGUAUUUUAACUCAUGGAAGUGCCUGGUUUAUGGGAUAAAUUGCUGUCCAUGAACUCCAGCACUGGGCUGUGGACUCCUGUUGUCUUCAUCUCCUGGAGUGGAAACCUCUGACGUGUUAGAAACAUCGGCCAGAAACUUUGUUCCUAUGGCAGCAACACACUCCACUGUACGCUCUCUGCUUAAAGCAGCACAACACAAUAUGUUUAUGUAACCACAGAAUCCAUCAGGCUGUCAUGACACAGUGUGUGUGUAGGUGUGCGAGGACGGUGUGACGUUUGUGUUCACAGCUGAGACACAAACACACACACAGGCGCACACACGUACAACUCAAUUAGAUGUGAAGGCCCAAUCUGCAUCUGCCUGACAGGCUGAGUGAUGAACUAAUUUAGCUGUUUGCCUGUUGGUCUGUUGGUCACACACACACACACACACACACACACACACACACACACACACACACACACACACACACACACACACACACAAAACCUGAACAGAGCUUUGAAAUCUGGAGUUGGUUAAAAUUUGUUCUUUCUGUUUUCCGUUAACCACCGCUGGCAGACUCUGAUGCAGUUACAGAGCACGCACACACUUAAACACUCUUAAACACACACACACACGAACACACACACGAACACAGGGUGAAAAAAUGAUGAUUGAUGAAAGCCAGUUUCUGCUGUGUUGAUAUUCUAAAUACAAGCAGCUUUGAUCGUGUGCCGCGGUGCGUCGGUGUGUGUGCAUUUUCCUGUAAGUGAUUCUUUAAGACUGUUAAAAAAAAAAAUUAAGAGUCUUCUGAUCAAACACACACACACACACACACACACACACACACACACACACACACACACACACACACACACACACACACACACACACACACACACACACACACACACACUUCAUGCUGUUUGCAGGAUUUUGGCCUUAAAGGUGCAGGGAAGAGAAGAACUUUUUGAGGCCUAGCGUCUCUUCUUGUGGAGUUUUAUGGAAAAGUUUGAGGAGGUAAAACUGAUCUGACUCCUGAGGUUUUUGGCCCUUUAUCUAGUGUCUAACUUGGAUCCAUAUUUACCGAGCAACCAGAGAACUGUUUUUGUUUUAAUCUGACCAUCAUCAUGUUGAAUCAUUCUCCUCUGAAGACACACUUUUCGGUUUUUGAGACCUUUCUUUCAGGAUCCUUGUUUUCUACCACACUUCACAAAAUUCAGGUUAAGACCUAAAUGAUACCUGGACAAAUUAUAUAUAGCUAUAUAUGUGUUUUGCACAACAAAAUAAAUGUAUGAACUCCUUUUAAUCUGAAACAUUUACAUCAUUAAACUCUAAAUUCCAAGUAUUAAAGCUUUAUUACAAACUUGCAAGUCUUCUUACUGUAGUCAUUAAAAAUAUUCAAAACUAAGUUUUUUCAGUGUAUAAAACAAUUAGAGUAUAUAUUUUUUUGAUAAUUUGACUAUAAAUUUAUGGGGGUGUAGAUUUGUUAAAAUAUUCAGUCAAAUUUCUGUCAGAGUGCCAUUAAAAGUUUAAGUGGAAAAAAGCCUUUGUAGACAUUUUAUGGUCUUGAAUUUUAAAAUCUUUUUAAAAUUCAAAGGAAACCUUUGGGUCUACAGAUGAUGUGGCAGAGUCUGCUGCUUUUGUUGCUUUAAUCUUUGUCAAAAACUUUGUUAGUCUAUAAAAUAUUUCAGCGUAUCUGCAAAUAGAUGGAGGCAACACAAACUCUUAAAACAGCAGAUGAUUCAGAUCAUUUAAGACUAAAUGUUUUUAAGAGCUAAAAUGUGUCAUUAAAAUCAUUUAAAGUCGUGCCUGUAUGUUUGCGGCACAUUUUAAAAACACCCAUGGAGUAAUUUUUGUACUUAAAAUGGAGUGAUGCAUAAAAUUGUUUAAGGAAAGGGAAUAAAAGGAACAAGUUUUAACAACCAUAAAACAUUUGAAUGAAAGUUCAGUGGACGUUAAAAUAACAGACCUCCCAGUAAAUUUUGUAUCUAACUUAGUGACAUCCAAAAUCAACAUGAGGCUUAAGAGACAACCUGUUAUUUUCAACAAUGCCCAGGUUCUUGGUUAAAGCACGUCCAUCUUUCAGUUUUAAAGUUUGCAUUAAAGACUUGGAUCAGUGCUGUGGAUCUGCUGCAGCAUUGAAAAAGUCUUCAAAAUCUGCUAAAAUCGUGAAAACAAGAGUUCGAAUAAAGUAAGGAAAGGAAGUAGAUGAGAUUAUAACACCUCUGCCUGAGCAGUUUGCAAACUGAAGAGUCUAAGUUUGGAGGAGCAUGCUUCACAACUCUCUUCAAGAAUUCCAGUCCAGUACUUUUAAGUCCACAUUGUGUAUUGUUGUAAUGAAAGUGGAGUGCAGUCACGCUCUUGGUUAUGCAGCUCGCUGCGUUUUGCUCUGGUUGUGGAAAUGAGCUGUUAGCAUCCCGACUUUGCAGCUCAGAGCUGCACACUCACAGUUAUUAAAGGAGCUCAGAUCUAUUUGUUUUUAAGCUUUUAUUUUGUGCGCCCUGCAGGGAGACGGUGGUGGAGGGGACCCUGACGCAUCCUUUCGCCCUUACGCUGUCUAUGGAGACCCUGUACUGGACUGACUGGCAGACCCGCUCCAUCCAUGCCUGCAACAAACACAGUGGAGACAAAACCAGAGAGAUCCUGAGUGGGAUUUACUCCCCGAUGGACAUCCAGGUCCUUGAGUCCCACAGGCAGCCGUACAGUAAGUUGAACGCUUUUUAUGUUCUCGUAUAUAUUUCUGUAAGAAGGUGUUUGUGCUGGAGCUCAUCAUGUUUUUGUCUUCUGUGCUCUCUUUGCAGUCCAGACUCCCUGCAGCAAUAAUAACGGAGGCUGUAGUCACCUGUGCCUCCUCUCUCCAGUCGAGCCUUUCUACAGCUGUGCCUGCCCUACAGGAGUCCAGCUCAAACCUGAUGGCAAGACCUGCAAACCAGGUAUGGACCCCAGCCACCUGUUGGUAUGGUUAGAGUUUCUACAGUGCUUUACGGAGGCUCAGAGCUGUGAAACAAAAACUCUACGGCUUUUCAAACCUGUUUGAUCUGCACAUAAAGACAGUCUCCAAUUUUCAAAUCAGACUUUUUCCAAACUAGGUGUCACCAGCAAAAAAUGUCAAAAUGUAAAUUAAGUGUUGGAACUGAAGUCCAGCAGUGGUGGACACACACACAAGCACACACAAAGAGAGUCAUUAGCAUUUGCAUGUUGCUGAGCUGCGUCCUCAUGGUCUGUGGUGUGUAUUGUGGUGAUGCAGCUCUGAGUUUGUGAGCGUGAAAACAGUGAAACUGACCUGUCUGCUUGCAGAGUGGGAUAUUAACUGACCAGCCGCCAUGUUGAUUCCCACCAUCCUGAAACAAUAGAGCCUUAUUCUGCAGAGCCCGGCCUGUGCUGGAGUGUCUGUUAUGUGAAUGUAUUUAAUUUGAAUGAAGCAUGCCAACCAAUCAGUCAGCCACUGUUGACAAUAAAAACAACAAUGCUCCAUUGUGUCAGCCGCUGUGUGUGUGUGCGUCUCUCUGUCCGCAACCCUAAUUUGUUUUGCUUGGCUGGUUAAAUUGAAGGCGUUUGUUAUUGCGCUGGCAGCAGUGAGAGAGAGUGUGUGUGAGUGAGUGUGUGUGUGUUUGUAUGUGUGUGUGUCUGGGGUCUUUAAGUGUCUCAGAGUUAAGUCAAGCAGAGAGGAGAGUGGGAUUACAGGCGUUUUCCCUCCUUCCUUUUUAUCCCGUCCCUCGACGUGGUCAUUUAGGUAACGAUGGAACAACUUAAAAUGUCAGAUCUGAUUGGCCGCUAAGCCGAGGGAUGCCACAUAUUGAUUGGUUGUUUGGGUCCAGCUGGAACAAGAAAGAAGAGAGAUUUACAUGAUUUCCACGACCUCAUUUUUUUCUGGAUCUUUAAUAGAUGAGAAGUUUCCUACUUUAGUUGGACUGAAGUACUUUUGAUUUAUUCUUGAAUAUUUUCUGGUCUAAAUGACAGAAAGGUCCAAAACAUUUUGACUUGCAUCAGCGAUACAUGCUGCAUAGACUGCAACUAAAAUACAUAUAAAAUAAAUACUGUAGAUAAUAAUAAUAAUGCACUUUUCAUUUCUCUGUUGGACAUAUUGGCCGUUCAAGUCUUAAUCUGCUGGUCAACAGUAUCCCAAAACUGGUUCACUUAAACCUGACUCUCUCUGCAGCCCACUUACACUGUGAGGCUCUGUCGUCAUUGUUGGUGUGACCAAGAAUCAACAUGACAGAACCACAGUGAAGGAUUUCAGGGCAGCCACUCCUUGGUGGUAGUUGUCUGGACUUUAUCUUUCUGCAUCUUCAGAUUUGUCCCAGGAAAAUACUGGGGUGAAAGUUUCUGCUGUUUACAUUCAGACUUUCAGAGCUCCCUGAAAAUCUUGUAGAAUUUUUUAAAGUUUGUGUACAUGUGUGAAUACAGCUUUGGAGCAUUUAUAAAGACAUGGACCAUAACUCCCACGGAAUCCAGGCCUUCUCCUCAUAGAGACAAAAUCGAUGUAUUGCUGUUUCGUUUUGAAAAAGUUUUUCCGUAAAGACAGAAUCUUUUAAGAAUAUCCAUGUAAACACGAAACCAAAGAAAACGACUAGAAACGAUGUGGUGCACAUGCCAAGCUAGCGCUGUAAUAGUGCCCUGAAAAUGCACCAAAAGACAAAAGAAGAGUACGGAGCACGUGUAUAAAGGUUUUUGUGCCGUAGACAGUUCAGUUCCACGUAGGCGCCUUAGGAAAGUUACGCUGUGUAUGAUGGAGACGAAUCGGUGAUCGUACACGGAUUUAUGGAUUCUGGGGCCAGUUUUCUAAAAGUAUUGUUUACAGUCACCUGAAAUGCCAUUUUUGUGCAGAUAAAACGCUGAUACAACAAAACAACUUUUGUGUUUACUCUUGAAUUCAUGUCCAUGUGGACAGGGCCUCAGUUAUAAGUUUGUGAUGAAUUGAAUCAGGCCGUUUAAAAUUGUUUUAUGUUUUAAUGGAUCAUCUCUGAUGCAGCCCAUAAGUCAAAAUUACACACUGCUCUGUCACAUGACAUCUGGCCUGAGCUUACCUAAAGUCUCUGUAAAUCUUCUGUGGGGUGAAAACUGUGUUUGUGUCGACUUUUAAAAGCAUUAUACUGGCUGUUUAAAAAAAACAAAAACAAAACAGAUUGUCCUCUUUUUAACAUCUCGGCAGGGGACAGGACCAGACACCCAAAUAAUACUUAGUUUGUCGAUUGUAUGAAAUCUAUUAUCUUCUGGACUCACUCUGAGUAUCAGUAUGAUGUUUGCCACAGAGCCAGGUCUUUGUCUUUGGGUGAAUUUAUCUGGUAAGUGAAACAGGAGGAGAGAGGCUGAGGCAGAGCAGGGAAUAGACAGAGAGAGACACUUUGAACUGCUUUAAAUGUGAGCUCUUCACAGUCAGAGGUGUGAGAGACGGAGAAAAAAACAGUUAAUUGUCUCCCAUGAGGUGAGUUUGGCUCCUGUUAAAUCUAAACCAACAGGCAAACAGUGGAGGAUCCCUCCGGACGGAGAGCUCUUUGUUUCCAGACUGGAUAGAGGAGAGAGAGAGGAGGAGAGCGGGGCUGGGGAUUGAACUGUUUUCACCAAACAUGGAUGAGCCUCUGUGACUUGAUUCAUUUAAGGGAAAUUAUUUUUAUUGAGCCUAAUACCUGCUGCUUUCUCCCCGGCUGUUUGGGCAUUGAUGCAUCAAAACUAAAGUACAAUUUUCAGGGUAGUUUGACUGUCACUACAGAACGACUCAGUCCAGACUCUUCUUUACUUAACAUGCAGGAACAAGGACUUUAUUUAAACCCCAAACCUCUCAUUGUAACUACAGGAAAAUGGGCAGAACAUUUCAGCUAAAGAUGCAUUAUUAUCCCAUGUGCCAAUGGUUUUAAACUCAUUUGAGCAAACAUGCUUCGCCUUUGGUUAAAUGACCUAACACAGUGAAAUAUCAGGUUAUUUCAACAUGAUCUGAUUUAUGCCUGCAGCAGCAUGGAAACUGGUGUUGCUUGUACAGUUUGUGGUGUUUGUGUUGGUUCAGAAAGGUGCAUUUUUUCAAACAAAGACCUCAACCUCAAGCUUAUUCUGCAACAUUUACACAAAGGGAAUCAUAGCCUAUCUGAUCCAAGAACUAAAUGCUGUAUAGUUUUCUCAAGAAGUGGGUGUUAUUUUAGGUUUUUCCCUGCAUGAUUAUUUGUAUUUUAAUAGUUUUACACAGCUACAGUUAAAGCUUUGUGUGGUAGUAAAGUGUAGUCUCCAGAGAGCAGUAUUGACACAGAAUGACCAAAUUAAGUUCUGUUAAGGUCAGUGACUUGGUUUCAUCUGGAAAAACAAGACUCACUUGGGCAUCAAUGAGAAGUCAGCAACAGACUCAGUUCACUGUAUGGACUACAGCUGCUAAUGGCACCAAAAACUGGGCGUCAUCCCUAUCUACCCUGUCCCAGGAUCCAGGUUACAGAGAGUAUUGGAUUGAUAAUCGAGCAAACUUGCCCAUUAAUGUUUUUGAACUGUGUUCAGUUUGCUUUCGUGUUAUGUCAGAUUGUGGUGAUGAGCUGUGAGCAUCUCCACUUUUUUUUAUCCAUGUCCAUUUUUUAUUGACCACAAAAAAUAUUCUGAGUGCAGAGUGUUUUUUUUUAGCUCUGCAGGACAGUUCAGGGAGCAUUCAACCUUUUUUAUGUGCUUUAAUGUGAAUAACUUGGUAUCAUUUUUUUUCAUUUGCACAACUUUAUCUGGCACAUAACCCGUGCAUUUCUUUGGUGGACUGUAAAAGACUUCUGACAUAAAGACGUCUCUAAUGCCUUCAUUUGAUCGACCGUCAGUGUGAAAGUGACAGUCAUCAGCGUGGAGGAUAAUCAGAGAUAAGGCAGAGUGAUGAACUUCUCAUCUUGUUGUUUGUUCAGGAGCAGAGCAGGUUUUGCUGCUGGCUCGACGGACUGAUCUGAGGAGGAUCUCCCUGGACCUGCCAGACUUCACUGACAUUGUCCUGCAGGUAAACACACACACACACACACCACUACACACUCACACACUUUAAAGUCCUGUGUUGUUAAACCCUCUGAUUGUCUCUGUUCAUGCAGGUUGAUGACAUUCGCCACGCCAUAGCCAUAGACUACGACCCCGUCGAGGGUUACGUCUACUGGACUGACGAUGAGGUUCGAGCCAUUCGGCGGUCUCACAUCGACGGCAGCAACGCCAUGAUGCUGGUUACCACGGAGAUCAAUCACCCGGAUGGUAUUGCUGUGGACUGGGUGGCCAGAAAUCUGUACUGGACUGAUACUGGAAAUGACCGCAUAGAGGUACACGGUUACUGCGGACUGUAUUCAGUGUGGAACGAUCGUUUCUGGGAUGUCUGAAGUACUUUAGUUUUAAAUAUUUCAUAAUUUCAGAAGCUCUGAGAAUGUGUGCGGUGGAUGUCUUUAUUUGGCUGUGAUGGCUGCAGUGUCAUACCAAAACAAAAGAAAAACAUCUACUGAAAGUUUCUGGUUUAGUCCCGACAGGCUCAGAUUGUUUUUCUAAGAGUUGAGCAGCAUUACAGAAAUGAUGCCUAUAGAGAGAGAGAUUUUUGUAAAGAGGAAGAGGAUGAUUUGAAAAAGUAAUUCUCAUUAAACUAGAGCAUGACAUCAUCUUCUCUGCUCAUCUGCCUGUUUGGCCAGUGUUUUUUUUUAAGUAACUAUCCACUUCACAGUCACAUUGACCACAGUGUUAUUUUAUUCGACAAAAGUUGACUUAACUGGCUAGAAUUGACCUUAAACGAUUACGAUCACCUUACACACCCAAACCAAGCCUUAAUCAAAUCUGUAAAUAGUCAUUUUGAACCCUCUCUUCCUUGCUCCUCUUCCUUAUUCAGUUUCAUCCUCAGCCUUUCUCUUUAGCUAUCUGCCACAAAGCCUCUCCUAUAAUUGCACAAACACACAAAUAGAUCUUGACUGUAGUCGACUAGAAACCAGACACUUCUGUGCCUGAGGUAAAAUUACUGUUUUUUUUAAUUAGCAGUGACUGAUUUCCAUCAAGAGAGCGAUGCACCUCAGGUGUGUAAAACUAGGGCUCAGGUUAAAAAACUUGAAGAUUUAAUCAGUAAAACACACAAUACAGUAAGAGAUGGUUCUGAAUGUGGGAAAAGCAGAUGUAUCUGAACAGUCCAGAUGAAUAUUAACAGUGUUGUACUUUGUGUUUGUCGUAUUUUAAGACUGGUCUGUGUUUUUUGGUGUGUUAGGUUACCAGGCUGAAUGGAACCUCCCGGAAAAUACUGAUUUCUGAGAACCUUGAUGAACCUAGAGCCAUCGUCCUGGACCCUGUCAAUGGGUAGGUGUCAGCAUGUGGUUUAAGGGUUUUAGAGAUCUGGAGGUAAGGAUUUGGGAAAAAUCAGGAAAGACAAAAAUAAGGAUGUGAUAAUAACAUCAGCUCUAAGAUAAGUUUUUUGUCAGAGACUGUUCAGAUCCAGAGGUAAUCUGUGCUGAUUUCUUUAUGAGGUUUAAUAAAUUAGAGUCAAAGCCCCAACGACAAUCUCAAUAAAUCCCUGCAAAGUUAAGUCUCUGGUUUUACUGUUCCUAUAACUCAUUUCUGUCCUCUCUCUCUCUCAGCUUCAUGUACUGGACUGACUGGGGCGAUCAUCCAAAGAUUGAAAGGGCCAACCUGGAUGGGACAGACCGGGUGGUACUCCUCAACAGUUCUCUGGGCUGGCCGAACGGACUGGCUUUAGAUCUCUCCGCAGGGAAACUCUACUGGGGAGACGCCAAGACCGACAAAAUAGAGGUAAGAAUGCUAUUGUUAUGAAUGCUGUUUGGACUGCUAGGCCACAGAAUAAGUGUUCAGCAGAGCCCCGUGGUCCUGAUCCGGUGGGCUGCAGAGUUUGAAAAGGUGGAGAGACUCCUGCAGGGUUGUGUUCAGUUGUUUUCAUCUGGUCUGAUGAGAUCUGGGACGGCUAAGUUUGCUCUUAACUGGCCAAGAGGUUUUUCACUUUCUAUCUCUGAUAUAUUCAUGUUCCUGUCACCUGUUUCCACUUUGUCUAAUCAAAUCAAGUGUUUCCUCAGAUGAAGAGCCGGUUUGUCAUAAAACUGGUCCCAGAGCUUCAAAUGCUUUUGAUGUUUAUGAGCAACAAGUCUGCAGGCGCUCGUUUCACACAGCAGCAGACGAGUUUAAUCUUCUGUUUCCUAUUUGGCUUCAGACAGCUCAUCAGUGGAUCAUGACGAAACCUCACGGCCAAAAGAGGUCCAGUAGCUCUUAGUUAGAUCAUUAUUAUUUUAUUUUUAUUUAUAAAAGGGUAAAGAAAGUGGACUUUAGUGAAAACUAAGAUCCCUCAGACUAGAGGCCAUGUGCUUUCACCCUGAUGAAUAUUAAAUGUAGUGUUGGGGCCGAUCCCAGUUGUAACCCUUAGCCCUUGGUUUUGCGCAUUCACCUCAAGGGAUGCACCGAUCCGCUUUUUUCACCUCUGAUACAGAAAUCUACGGUUUAAUAUCGUCCGAUACCGAUCUGAUUCCUACACAGAAAAGCUGCGGUUAAUUACUUGACAAAUGGUCUGUCCCAUUGUGUGGAAAAUACUGGGAUCAUUCUGUUGUGCAUCACACUUGACUUAACAGAUAUAAAUGAGUUACUUAUUUAUUCAAUAACUGUGCAUCAGUACAACAAUCUUAAACCAACAACAAAAUAUGACAAGUGUAGGAAAAAUGUCAGAUCUGGAAGAUAAAAUCCAAUGUAAAAUAAAAUAAAAUAAAUAUUAAACAAUAAAGAAGCUGAAAAAAAAAAAAACAGAAACAAGAUUUCUAACUUAACCUGCAUAAAGCCUUUUUAGAUUUUUCAGUCUGUGUAGUUAAGGACUCGUAAUGCAUUUGGAAGGGCAGGGAUCUCCCAGAACAGAGCCACACCACCAAAUAUAACUUACUGCAUGAAGACAAUAAUCCUCAAUGAUAAAACCUUUUUUUAGAUGUUUUUGAACUAUUUUAUACAAAAUCACACAUAACAUGUUUUGUAGAUCCUUGACUGAAAUCUUUAAUCUUGUGGCUGAUUUAAAAAUAAAUUAGAGAGUUGCAAAAGAUCAAAAAAGUAGAAUCAGUGGGUUUGUUCACUUUUGGUUUGUGUAACAGUAACUUCUUAAAUCCUAAAAACAAGUUAAUUGUUGAGGAAACUGACACAGUAGAGUGUUGGCUAGUGCUUGUUGAUUGGCGUUUGUAGACUGUCUAGGGUUUUAUUUUUUUUUUCAUUGAGGGUACCACAGCAGUUUUCCGGUGGAGGAGAACUUGUGCAUGUUUUCUGCAAACAUGAGAAAACUGUGAGCUGAUCUGUCAGUGAGUUUUAAGGCUGUAAUUCAGUUGAACUGGUCUGAUUUGUUCUUGAGGAGGUCUGCACGCUCAGUCUGAGCUGCAGAGGAAACCGAGUGAAUCAGGGCAGGGGGCUUUUGUUGUGUUUGCCCUUCCCCCUCUCACUUCUCUAGCUCCUUUAGAGCAGGUGUUUCUUUUUUGCUCUCUGUCCGUAUCAAACCUUAUGUCUCUGUUUAACUCUGCCCCUCUCUUCCCUUUAGUUAGAUUUCUCAGUUUUCUCCUCUCUUUCCGUUUGCAUGUGUUGCUCCUUGGUGAGUCUGUGAUGGUGUCUGGUUAGCGUUGUCUGGUUGUCAUCGCUGCGUUUCGCUUGUUUGGCUGUCGAUGUGGCGUCUGCAGAAUAUCUCAAGUUCACUCCAGUUAACAUAUUUCCAUCGCAGCAGAGAGAGGAAGAGCAAGGAGAAGAACAAAAGAGGGAAUGCCUGAGCUUUCUGGCUGAAUGCUUACCAAUUGAAAAAAGGUGGCUGCUCUCUCCCUCCCUCCCUCGUCUCCCCCUCUCCUCCCCCCGUCAGGGUGAAAGGACCCACCUCAAAGGGCUUUUUCACGUUUCAGCCUUGUUUUUAUCCUGUUGAAAAGAAGCUGCUGCUGGGUGUGAAGACAUUUCCAUUGUAUGUCUGCCUGUGUCUCGCUUGUGCGUGUGUGUGUGUGUGUGUGUGUGUGUGUGUGUGUGUGUGUGUGUGUGUGUGCAGAAGUCUGAUUUUGAGCUGUGUUUGUUGCAACUGUGCACAAAGACACAAAGAUUUUCAGAAAUCUUUAUAUACCACGAUAUCCUUCCUCCCUGAAUACCUACUUUUACAAAAAUCCAACAUAUAUCUUCGUGCUGCUGCUGCUUAAAGACAGAAAAAACAAACAGAGUCCAUAUUGCACACAGUAAAAUACAACUGUGUAAUCCAGCAGCAAAAUAAGUGCAUAAAUAUUACCAGCUCGCCGUCCUUUGGUUUAUUUUUGAUCCUGUCUGAUGGUGUUGUGGUGUCAUGUAGCCUGCGUACAUGCAGCAACUUUUUGAUACAGAGAGAGGCGGAUGGUUUUUAACAUAGUGGCAGAUUUAAUGUCAUUCAGACCAAAAUAUUUUAGUGUUUCUUUGUGUUCCAAGCAAGUUCAGGGACACAGAAGGAGGAAAAAAUUUACAUGAGCUUCUCCAGGAUCAAAGCUGAAAUCUGCUGUGUAAAUAGUAGCACCCCUGACUGCAGCUCCACCCGGCUCUUAAAGGAAAUCAGAGGGGUUUGAUUCUUGUUACACCAAAAAUACAUAUUUUUUCCAUCGUUAAGCAAGUUAGUUUUAACUCUGUGCCUCACGUAGUGAUCAGACUGUACACUGCCUCUUGUUUGAAUCCUUCAGCCUGUUAGGAAGCCAAAUUUGGUAUUAUUAUUUACCAGAAACUGGACUAGUGACUCUCGUUGUAUUUUUACCUGCUGAUGUUACUCAAUUGUGGUCCCAUCUCUGGGUUUUUGGGUGGUUGUAGAAGGACAGCUGCUUUGCCCAAAGUUGACAUUCUGCCCUUACUUUGACUUUCAUUUUGCUUUCUGCGUUGGAAAACUGGAAAUACUUCCUUGAGAUUCUUCUCAGAUGUUGUGUCGUGAUCAUCUGCUUGCUUGUUCACAUCCACAUCCUAUUUUUUGUUUUGAGAAUCUUCUCUGCAUGAAUUUACAAAGUCAAGAGUGCCAUUCAGUAGUCAGGUUACGACGAAAGUUGCCCCCUGUUGGAAUAAAUAAACUUCAUAGGUGAGUUUGAACUUUUCUUUGCAAGUUUCAUCGAAGACCGCCCUUAAAUAGACCGACAGAAAGGAAUGGUCGUUUCCAGACACUGGAAGAGCCUACAAAGUGUUUUGAACCCCUGACAUAGAUGACACUACUCCAUCUCCCACUAUUUAAAAGAUAAAAGAGGUCAAAAUAAACAUGUGCUUGGAUAAAAUUAGUUUCUUUUGAAAAUAUAAAUAAAUGUAUGACAGUUUGGUUCACAAAGUGCAAGAAAUCAAGUGUUUGAUACUCUAAAUGCUGUGCAACAAGAACAAAUGUAAGCAAGACGGUUCAGGUGCAUAUUUACAGAUGUUAUGUAUGUUACUGUGUUGUUUGUGGAGGUCUGGCUUAUGUUUUUCGGUGCGGUACGUAACUGUGAAAUCUUUUGUUUAUCUCGGUACAGGCAGUAUUAACAGUGUGUGCUCGAAUAUUGUGAGGGUACAUCUUUACAGACAAUACGGUGCAUGUCAGAGAGCUGAAAGGUGCUCAGAGCCCUCCAGUUUACCUUUUGAAAGAGAGAACAGAGAGAGAAUGAUAAAUCACCAAGGCAGACAGCAGACUUUGACCAGGAGCGCUAGAGUAAAACUGGCUUUUAUUUGUGAAGGUAACGCUGUGUACAAUCACACACUGAGCUGAUUUUUGUUUGGAGCAAAAACAAAAAAGACAACGUAACUCUGAGGUUCCUUACAGCGCUGUUGUGGACUCUCUCUCUCUCUCUCUCUCUGUUUUCGAGUAUUUUUAAAGAAAUCUGACUCCCCCUCUGCAGCCUCCCGCACCUCCCCCUCCAAUGGAAGAAAAAACCCUCUGAAGUUACCGCACGGGCACCCUCCUUUUCAAAGAAGUGUGUGUGUGUGUGUGUGUGUGUGUGUGUGUGUGUGUGUGUGUAAGACGCAGAGUUCACCGCUUUGACUGAUGUGUUACUUUCUCUGCACACACACAUACACACUCACACAGACCGGCUGCUUUGUUGUGAUUAUGCAGAUUGACUAUGCGUAGCGCCAUUCAGUCACACUGUGGAGCCAUAUGGUAACACUUUUUGUUUGUGUGUGUGUGAGUGUGUGUGUGUGUGUGUGUGUGUGAGCUGGGUCUUGCAGAGCUGGGAGGUGUCUGCUGGAAUUUCCCCUCUGAAGGCCCUGCACCUUGUUUGAAUAGCGCGUCUCUUUACCUGAGUCUUGUUUCUGUUACCGUGGAGUCCGACGACACUCUGAGCCUAAAUGUCAGCGCUCAGAGAGGUUCAGAGUUGUACUCCAGUUUUAAGCUCUUUUCUCUCUAUCUGUUUUUUUUUUUAAAUUUAUAUAUUUUACACUUUUACUGCUUCACAUUAUUUACUAUUUUCUGUCAAGUUUUGUUUCUGCGCGGACCAGAAGACACAGUUUACUUCUGGAUCUUCCUUGCUCAAAUUUGCGAAAUCAUGUGUCUUCAUUCUUGGUGUUUCAACACAAAUUCAACGUUUCCCCUCAAGAAACAAGAGAAAAACAAACUUUAUCCUCUCUCAAGGUGUUUCUUUUUUCAAACUUAGCAAACUUCUGAUGUGAACAAAGUUUUACUGAGAUUUCAUCUUAGCUCAGAACCAAAUCCUAGAAACACUGACAAGCAAACUUUGACUGAUUUAAACACCUUAAUGACAAACUGAGACAACACUGUUUUAUUUUUCUGAAUUUUCUGAAUUAUGUGUAUGUAUUACCAAAUAACGUAUAUAUUACAGAUACCGUAUUGACCCAAUAUGGGUAUAUUUUGGGGACUAUCUAGUAGGGAGAGACUUUUAAAGACCAAACUAGUUUGUACAGAAAGCUAUUUUAAUUGAUAAUAAUAAUUAAAUGCACACUUAACAGAAAACAAGUCGUUUUUGAAUGUCUGUCAAAUACAAUAAUGUUUUCAAUAUCUAUGAAUGACAGUCACAGCUCAAUUUAAUUUAAAAAUCAUCACAUGUACAUGAAGUGUCCUGAGGAUUGUUGCGCAGAGACGGCACAGAUUUACUGAAACUAGAACUAGCCGGACACUACAAAUCUGUUCAAAACUGUUCCAUCUGCUCUAUUUCUGUGCUAUUAAAGUGACCUCUGUUUCAGGCUCUCCUUACAGGACCUUCACAGGUUAGCUGACUGCAGGAACAGCCUCUGACUGGUCAGAGAGACGAAGUUCAGUUGACAUUGUGUAGUUGGCUUAAUGUACACACACCUGGUUUAACCUGAGAAUUGUUUGGAUGUGAGUAUUAAUUGAAGCAUUUAGAUAAAAAUACUAAAUAAAUGAAGAGAAGAGACCUUUUGAAAUGUAAAUGUGCUGUGGAGAAGAUAGUUGUUUUAAUUUCACCCUGGAGGUGAGAGGAUUGGCUGAUACCGACGUGGACUUGUGGUCAUCUUUGAUAUCAUGCUGGUGUUUUGUUCCCUCCUGCUGGGACAACAACCCCGUCCGUUGGUUUCGUUCCUCUGUUUUUGUUUUUUUUAAAUGCAAAUAUUUAAACAUAGUUUUUAUCCUCAGUUUAUUUUGCAGUUUUGUCUCCAUUUAGACAUGAAAAACAAGAACCUCAAAGUCAUCAGUGUGUAUAAGUGUAUAAAGUCUGAGUUCAGGGUUGGUCACAAAGGGACAAGAAAACUGUUUUAAAAUGCAGAUUUUUCAGCAGGGUCUUAGUGUUACAUCACUCAACUGUUUUGGUCGCCUCUCGCUCACAGAAAGUGGAGCUGUGCUCAGUUCAGUCAGAUGUUUGAAUUGGUUCAAAUUUGUGUUACAGUUUAAAUGUUUGUGUAUUUGCACGGUGAGCUCAUCUGUAGAUGGUUUUACAGUGAACCCACAGGUGUGAGUGAACCAGGAGGUGAGGGGUUAACCCGACUGUAAAGGGCCUAUUUUAAAGCUGGCAUGUGUUGGGUGUAAAUAUAGUGAACAUGUAUGACCAUUGGAACAUGUGACUGGAUGCACAGGGAGCAUGGUGAGCAGAAUAACAUGAGAGGAGAGCACUGAAAUAAAGAGGUCUCAGUCUGGGUGAGACCUGAGUGAGGAUGAAGAUGAAGACGAGAGCUUUGUGUUUGCUCUGCUCUUCUCUGAUCGCUGAAUGGAUCAAUCAGAUAAAAGAUUGAACUGAAGGUUUGUGUGCUCGCUGGCCUCUGAGAGGUUCUUUGCUGCCCCAGAGCUUUAUCCCGGUGAGGGCCGUGAAAGAUGAUUUGAGACGCUUUGAGAGCCGCUGAGCCGCUCUUUAAAACAGCCUCUGAGCUGAUAAUGGAGCCGGCGGCCAGCGACAGGAAAACACACGGAGGAGAUCCAGCUCUGACAGGCAGCAGCACACUGAGCUUCUGUUCACUGCUCUGAGCUCGAGACGCUGAUGAAGCUGAAACCAGGACGGCUUGAAUAAGAGGAACCAGGCCCUGCUCCAGCCCGCUCUGCUGGUGCCAUGAGGACAGUUUCAGAGUUUACAUCAGACUCUGUCCUACGCCUGCUACAAGGCAACAGGAGAGCAUGUUAAUAAAACUGAUGAGAAACUGGAUCCUUAAAGAAGAGAGGCUGCUCAGCUACUGCAGCCGGGCUGUCAUGCACCAAAACAGUCGACAAACACGUCAGCAAAAGGCGAACAGGCUAUAUGUCAAACUGUGAAAAUACUGACAUCUUUAUGGCUCUGUUGGUUUUCCAUCUGUCACUUUUUGAUGCCCCCUCUUUCCUAGUGGGCUUCCUUCUAUUCCUUCCUUCUUCCUACUAUUAGUGCUGUUCAGAGCCUUACCUGUACACUGUGCAGCAUGCUCAAACUACCUCCCUUUAGUAAAAUCUUGGUUUUUAGAGGUCUUACAUUUGAGUUUUUCAGAUGAAGCUGUUUCUGUAGCGUUAAAUAAUAACAGGCUAACUGAGGUUGAUGGUUACAAUAAAAAGCUGAAUAGCAUCCUGUCACAGUGACACAGAAACAUCUCAUCUCAGUCAGACGGGUUGGAGUUAUUACAAUCACAAAAUGUGCAGGAUGAAACACGUCCAGUCAGCUCUCUUUAUUCUGUUAAUGAUCGUUACAGGCAGGGAGUGUUACUGCAUCCUACAGUGUGAUGACAACACUUAACCCAACCCAUCACAAUAACCUGAGACCGUCCUGAUCCAGAUCCCGAGUCUUCGCCCUUCAGCUCCAAGUGUUCGAGUCUCUGCUGCGACAUGUUUCCAGAAACCCUGCUGAGCUUCCUGCAACCAACUCGCACUUUUUAGACAAAUCACACACACACACCUGUUGUUGUUCAGAGUUUCCACGGUGACCUGCCAGCUGUGUGUCGCUCUCUCCAUCCCUCCAUCCUGCUACGACAGACUGACAGUAGCCGUAUGUCUCAUUUCCUGAGAGAGCUGUGUGUGUGUGUGUGUGUGUGUGUGUGUGUGUGUGUGUGUGUGUGUUUGUGUGUGUGUGUGUGUGUGUGUAGUGGCAGUUCUCACGUAUUUCAUUAGAAAAGUUAUAUUGUGGUCUGAUGUAAGCAGUGUUGUGGUGAACAGGCAGGAGCAGCUCUCAGCCCACAGCUCUGUGUUUGUGCGUGUUCGUGUGUUUUUGUUUCACUUCUCUCAUAUUGACGGGAUACGACAGUCACCUCUUUCUACACCAGUUACAGAAAUGCAGUGAAAGACAAAACAUGUGUUGUAAGGUUUCAGCUAAAUUCGGUGUCCAACAAUACUUAGUGCACUGCUUGAGACUAAAAUGUGUGCUUGAUAUAUUUUACAGACUAAUCUAGUUUCUCAAAAUCCUUUGAACAUGCUGACUCACUGACAGAAUGCUGCAGUGGAUCGGAGAGACCUACUGUAAAUCUUUACGUAUUUAUUUUUCUGUAUUGUUUUGUACUAAACCACACCAACAAUUUAAAGGUCUGUUAUCCUGUCUCACUAGUGUACCCUCACAUACCAGGAAAGUACUGGGUGAUAAAACAAAGACCUACCUGUUUUUUUUUUUUUUUUUUCUUUUGGUCUAAAGUGCCAACACUUUCUGCUACCUCGAGAUAGCUACUCACCACCUGUGUACCUGACCACACCUGGUUUUAAGACCAACACACCCACUGGUGCUAACAUGAUGUAAGAUACACAGCAGUGGUGCUGGGCGUAAAAAUGCAACUCUACAAGUUGGGCCCCAUACAGUGGUAACAGAUGGUUCCAGAAAGAGCUACACAGAAACACAAAAAGUGCAUGUUGUGGACUUAAUUGAACUACAUGACAAGAAGUUUUAACCUUGACCCCCAUUAAUAGAGCAGUGCGUCUUAUAUUCUGGAUUUUGAGGUGGUACUGACAUCCUGAUCCCUCACAUAUCUGGGACUGCAGUGUGUGUGUUCAUGUUUAUCUGUGAAUAUGAGGCUGCAUGAGCGUAUGUGAACUGUCCUGCGACGGUCUGACUUCUGCCGGCGUGUCCGAUCAGACCUUUGUUACUUUUGUGUUUGCUCGCUCUUUCUGUCUUUUUGUCCUUUUUUUUCUCUCCAACGUGUCCAUCAAGAAAUGAGACGUUCUCACACCCAAAAUGAAGAAAGACGGGGGUAAAAAAUCACGCUCCCAGUGCAUAAUUCUUCCUGAAAAAGGCAGCGUAGAGAAAGAGGGAGCAGGAGAGGAGGAGAGGCAGAGAAAGGGAGUCUCUCUGCCAUCUUUUCACUGGGAUGGCCAUGUCUAAUUGUGUCACAGUGAUAAAUGAAUAGGUUUUUUGUGGAGGGGUUGGGAACCUCCCUUGGAUCAGAGGCCCAUCAAAGUGAAUGGUUUAUUUUUUCUGUUUGCUCACCCCCGCCCUCUGAAUGGGUAUUUAAAUUAGUAUUCACUAAACAGAUAGCUGGAAACACGGCUGCUCAUCACAGCAACAACUCUCAUUCUUCUGACUCUGCUUUUUUUUCCUCUGGAUCACAGCAGAAGGACAAAUAUUUGAGGUGUGGAGGUCCGGCUGAAAUCAAAUCCAAAUAUGAGGUUUAUUCAAGGCAAUGUUUUGUGAAAUCCAGAGUUACUGGAACUCUUCAGUUCUUACCAAACUCAACCUUUGUUACAGGCAGGACUUUUUGUUUUUCAUGGACACAAACUGAGGUGUAGCAAGAGUUGUUUUUGGCUUCUCAACCCUGAAAACCUUUCUGUAGUCCUUUCCUUUAAGUGGAGACUCUGAGUUUCAACCCCCAAUGGACCAUUUCCUGUGUGUGUACGUGUGCAUGCGUGUGUGUGGACAAAGGAGUCAGUGUCUGUUGGCAUCCACGCAUAACUGUGAAUUUCUCCUUUUUGUGCAUCUCGCCUUCACUCUUACUUUUCAUCCUCAGUAUUUCAUCGUACAGGGUAUUGCCUGGUCUCUCUUACACAGCUACUGAACAUUUGGACAGGAAACCAUAAGCAGAAAAAAAGAUCUCAUGAUUAUCACAUUUGUCACAGAAUAACCCAUUUGACUUCGCCGAUACCGAAGUUAGUAUCCUAAUACCCAAUAUUGAAAUGAUACUAAAAACUUAAACAGUACUGGUUCAGUUUCCACGACUUGAUCAAGCAGAAUCAGGGUGUCCAAGCCUCAGUCAAGUUUAGAUUUUUAAUUAUGACAAUAUUUAAACACUGUAAAAACAAUGUAAAUCAUCCAUCCAUUAUACUUUUCAUUUAAUCUAAAAAGUGAUUCUCAUUCAUAUCGAUAUAUCAUAUUAAAUUACCGUUUUAAAACAACAUUUAAAACAAAUAUAUACGACUAAGUAUGCUUAGCAGGGUGUAAUCAGAAAUAGAUCGGUCCCCGCUGAGAAUCUUGUGUUUUACUGUUUUCUUUCUGAAGACAUGACCGUUUCUUUUAGUUCGAUAUAUUUGUUCAUACUAUAUUUAUACAAUUAUUUAUUAUAUUUAUUUGUAUAAUGUCGGUUUAAGGCCAGUGAAAAUACAGUUUAACCCAACAUCACCAAAAAGUUGUAAACACACAGGCUGCCAUCUUGGUGAAUGCACAAGGAGCCCAAAGCUUUCAUCUGUGCCGUCCACACGAAAACAACUAAGUGGGGUUUAAAAAUCUCCACCUCAGAAGGCACGUCCUCCAUUUUCAGUGAGCUAAAACUGUUUCUGCAGAGACAUAAAACACAGACGAACAAAAGCACACGUUCAAAAACUUCUGCUAAUGUGCGUGGAUAGAGCCUCAGUCACUUCCAUCAGAUCAGUCAUUUAACCAACAUAAAGUAGCCGUAACUAAACUCUGAGGAAAUUCUUAUACUUUGCUGUUGAGAAUAAAAAGUAUAAAAUAUAUUGAAAUUUGGGUUUAUAGUGUGACACUCAUCAAAAUAUUUUACCACAUUUUCGACCAGCUAGCUCUUCUGUUUGCAAUUUCUGCAGCUGGAUUUAUCAAGCUGCCAUCCAGUAAGAACAAUGAGACUGAAACUUUUACUAUCAGCUGUUUGAGUUAAACUCACUGACUAGAACUGAAGCUGGAAGGAGAGAAACUCUAGUUAUUACCGUCACAGAUUGUUGUCCUACAGGACCUUUAAACGCCGUAUGGUGGCGCAUUUAACAGACUAACUGUAGGCACACUGCACCCUUUGAAUCAGUCUGUCUUUUUCCUAACUCCCAUGAUUCCUUGCAUGGGCUAUGAAUUUGUCUUCUGGAGAUGUGAUUGCUAUUAAACUUGGUGUUGAGUCCUUGAAUUUCAGAGUGAACGUACACAGUGUGACUGACUUUUGCAACAGCACCGUUUGCUUUGAAAGCCUCUUUUUUGAAAUCAUGUUUGGCAGUUUGUUGGGAUUUUCCAAGAAAGAAAGAAAGAGUGGGAUGACAUGCAGCAGAGGGUAGACAGCUGUCAGUGAACCCGGGGCCAGUGUGAGCAGGACUCAGCCGCUGCAUGCAGGACAGUCAGUCUUGAGCUCUUUAAGAUCACCCGUCUUAUCCUUCACCCCAGAAAAUCCAAACUACCAUGACCCUGCUCAUGUUAUCAAGCCUUAUCAACUGUAAAUGUUUGCGUGCGUCUGAUUUUCCUGAAAAAUCUGGCAGCAGAAAUCAGCCAGAGGCCUUGGAGCAGAAUCAUAGUCACUGCGAACAGGCUGCACGCCUGCCAGUACACACUCUGCAUUACACACACAGACCACAGGAAGAAAGAAAAACACUUUGCAGAUGAGUGUGUGUCUAAAAUAAAAGCCUGAGUCUAUUUCAGUCCCUGUCAGUCCAGUAAUAACCCCAGCACAGAGGAGAGGAGGGACACACAUGGGCUCUAAUUGUAACCUUGUAGAUCGCAGCUCUCACUCCUGCACACACUCACACACACUUAAACACAUGCACACAGGAACAUGUUGGCUGCGGUGCCUGUAUCCGCUUUCAGUCUAGUAAUAGAAGCCUUGUGACUGAUUCACACACACACGCACAAGGCAUUGGUGUGUUUCUAACAAUGUUAAUGGUGAUUUGACGAGCGGUGCCUAACUUCAUUUUCAUGGAACUUACUGAAAAAUAAACUGAAGACUUGAAAACAUAAAUCAUCUUGUUUUUGUUACCACAAGAGUAUUUGGGCAUUUCAAACAAAAAUACCAUCUAAUAGUGGAAAGGCGCUCCUACAAACACACACACACACACACACACACACACACACACACACACACACACACACACACACACACACACACACACACACACACACAGACUCAGGCUACACACAAAAGCUAAUGUUGCUGUGAGCCUGUUUUGCAUUAUGAAUAAAUUAAAGAUUGACACUGACUGACGCACAUCAGUGAAAUAUAUAAUCACACUUUUCAGCAUCUGGGUCUGUAAGUUUGUUUUCUCUGGUUCUGGUUCCUCAGCGGUGGCUUCACAGAGCAGAUACCAGCAUUACUGUGAUGCAGCAGUGUGGUGUGCGUGUUCAAAUUUUACAGUUAUUCAGACUGUACACUUAGCACUACACCCAUAUUAACCACUGACUUUAUGAAACAUAACAGAGUCUCAGUGAAGCCAGUCGUUGGUUUUUAUAAACAGUGGUGGUCUCCAAAUGCCGUCUUAGCCAAUUCAGGGUCAACCCAGUAAUGGGGAAAGAGUGGAGCUGAGUCAGAGUUGACUUAACCCACUUGUUAACUCAUCUCAGACGCCCCUCCCUGUAAAUAUGCAUAUUCAUGCAUAACUGUGAGUCUAGAGUCUGUAAACAGACACACACACACUCAGUGAUUGAAUAAAGAAAUAAGUCAAAACCUGUUUUCAGUACCAGGCUGCAGUUUUGUUAAAUACUGCUGUAAACUUCGACACUUUUACGGUGCUGUUAAAUCAGAUUCCCCAGCUGUGGCAGCUAGCCUCGAGUGGACACUUGAGGAACUGCAGUUUUCUGCACUUUUUUGACCCCAGAACUUGCUGCCAACUCUGGGUUGGUUUAAACUGGUGGUUACUUACACAUAUUCUUUUUAUGCAGUUGGUAAAAAAGUUUUAGGGUGCAAUAGCCACCUGCUGGAGGGGUUCAGAACUGCAAGCAGUUUUUCAGGUGACUGAAGAACUCUUAAAUACUGAAUUCAUGACAGAUUUAAAAUGGCUUCAAACUUUUCUGCUGAGGCUGCAGCGUAUCCAUUUUUCUCCUGCUGUAAGGUCAAAGUCCUCUUGACUGUAAAAUGCAUUUAUUUAAAGAAACUUUUUCAGCUCCUCUUUAAAAGGAGCAGGACCUCCUCUGUCAUCAUGUACUUAACUUUGAAUUUGUCAUCACACUAGGGAAGAAACGGGCUGUAAUAAUGUCAGUUUGAGUGGAAUUCCCCUUUAAAAUCCCUCCGUAGCACUGUUAUUUUUGACGCAUGGGACGUACGUCUUCCUGUGGACGUCCCCAUUUUCUCCCGCUCUGUGUCAGUGGUCAGUUUCUCCCUCCAUCCUGUUUCCUUCAGCUCCUCUCCUCCCUUCCUGACUCUUUACCCCCAGCCUUUCAGUCAUAUUUGUCCCCCCUCCCUGGGGUCAAAGGUCGGGGCAGCAGUAGAAUAGAAGCUGUGGAGCUGGAGUAAGCUCAAGGACUUUUCAGUGAAGCUGUCACCACAUUUUCAGGACAUAGGAGGAAACUUUUUACCCCCCUAAUGUGUUUUACAGUCACUUUACAGUUUAAAGGAAAACAUUAAACUUGUAUUUUCCAAGGAGAAAUAAUGAAAAAGGUGUUAAAGUCUGUUUUUAAACGUUAAACUAAAGUGCUAACUUUCUCCUGUCCCCUUCCUCUUUCUCUCUCUUUCUAUCAGGUAAUAAAUGUGGACGGCAGUAACAGACAGACCCUUUUGGAGGAUAAGCUGCCGCACAUCUUUGGUUUCACUCUGCUCGGAGAUUUCAUCUACUGGACCGACUGGCAGAGACGCAGCAUCGAGAGGGUCCACAAGGCCACGGCAGUACGAGAGAUCAUCAUCGACCAGCUGCCUGAUCUGAUGGGGCUGAAGGCGACCAAAGUGACAGAGACCCAUGGUGAGGAGUAGACGGUGCUGGAAGACAAUUUUAAAGAGGAAAUGAAGUGAAAUGAUGACUGAUGAAGUUUAUCUUUCUCUUCCAGGUACGAACGGCUGUGCAGUGGAUAACGGCGGGUGCAGCCAUCUUUGUUUCUGGUGUAAACAGGUGGUCAACUGUGCCUGUCCGAUGGGGAUGGAGCUGCUGUCAGACCUGCAGACCUGUGUGGUGCCUGAAGCCUUCCUGCUCUUUACAAACAGGUGAGCUGCUCUUACCUGCACAGAAACCCGGCUGCUCCUGAGAUAUGACCAGGUAGUGAUGGUUCUGACUCUCUUUCAGGGACAACAUCCGCAGCAUCUCUCUGGGUACGAACAGUAACGACGUGGCCAUCCCUCUGAGUGGAGUGAAAGAGGCGUCUGCACUAGACUUUGACGUGUCGGAAAGAAGAAUUUAUUGGACAGAUAUUCAGGCCAAGGUGAAUUUGAUUUUGAGUUUUGUCCAAAUGGUUCCUUUUUUUCAGGGCUGGGGGUCUAUCUGCUAAUUAAAAGUGUACACUCUUAAACCCUCAACCUCAUCUCUCUGUCCCGUUUUUCUCUCAGACCAUCAGCCGAGCAUAUAUGAACGGCAGCUCUGCGGAGCACGUCAUUGAGUUUGGACUCGACUACCCAGAAGGCAUGGCGGUGGACUGGAUGGGUCGGAACAUUUAUUGGGCUGAUACGGGCACGAACCGCAUCGAGGUGGCCCGGCUGGAUGGACAGUACCGCCAGGUUCUGGUCUGCAAGGAACUGGAUAAUCCCAGAUCACUGGACAACCCUCGAUCCCUCGCUUUGGACCCUGCCAACGGGUAAGAACAGGAACUCCAACACUCUCUGAACACCCUUAGAUAAUAAUAUCACACUUUUUACCCUCUGCUCUAUCCUGUACUUUGGUUAGUUGUUUAGGGAGAUUCUUUGGCGCCCCCUGUGGACAUUAUCUUUAGAGCUCUGGUAACAUGGAUUUGAUAAUCUUACAGUUUGUAUCUUAUUCAGAGUGAAAAAGUCCUAGUUUCUCUUUGGGAGAGCAGGUUAAAGUAGGCCGGGUAGCUGAUCUUAGAUGGAAAUAAAUAGGCAAAUCCCUAUCCAGAUCCAGAUCCCUCCGAUCCAGAUCAGAUUUUCCAAACAGCCUGGCUCUGAGUUAUCCUGGAGGUCCCUGUGUCUCAGAGGUAUGAAUCUGUGCCAAUGACCUCAUGUAGCGUGUGUUUUCUCUCAGUCUGAGGUAGUGAGAGCGUGGCCAUGUCAUCCUGUUGGUAUGCAGGUACGCCAGCCAAAGCCACGCCCCCUUUUUCAUAACCCUCCAGCUGAGUGAGGCAGGAUGCUAUUAAACCUGUUUGUUACCAACCUUGCCAACCUUACCAACCCUGCAGACACUCCUCUGCUCCUCUGUUCCUGUGUGUGUGUGUGUGUGUGUGUGUGUGUGUGUGUGUGUGCGUGUGUGUGUAUGUAUGUACCUGUGCCAGCCUGUCAGACCCCAGCUCCUGUCACUCACCUGCUGAUGUCUUCAUGAGGUCAUGCCUCACACCUGUCAGCCCGCUCGCCUCCAGGCAUCUGAUGUCAUUUAAUGAUCACACUCUGGUGCUCUCACAGUUGAAGACAAUAAAAUAAAAGUGUUUUUGUUUAGUAGGAAACAGCAGUUAGAAAGUGGAAACAGGUCAUAGCAUUGGGAGGGAUGAUCUGAUGGAAGAAAUAUUUUUAUCACAAACCUCCUCAGUCUCUCUUUGCCUCUUUCAGUCUCUCUCAGUCUCUCUCAGUCUUUCUUUAAUUCUCAGUCUCACUCUGCCUCUCCCAGUCUCUCUUAGUCCCUCUUAGUCCCUUUCAGUCUCUCCUGGUCUCUCCUGGUCUCUCCUGGUCUCUCUGAUCCUCUUUGGUGGCUCUGAUUAAUGCAGGGAUUCAGAGUUUGUCUAACAGAUUUUGUUCUGUGUUUUCUUGCAGUUUUAUGUACUGGACAGAGUGGGGGGGUCGACCUCGGAUCGCUCGUGCCUACAUGGAUGGCAGCACCACCAACACCCUGGUGGACAAAGUGGGCAGGGCCAACGGACUCACCAUUGACUACGUAGACCAUCGGCUGUACUGGACUGACUUGGAUACGUGCAUGAUCGAGAGCACUAACAUGCAAGGUGUGCAGACCAGAAAUCACACUUAAUCCCCCAAGGAGGCACCAUGCAUGAAAUAAGACAUCACAUUCAGUCCUGAAUCAGUGGUUUCCAAAUGUUUUCUGCUCUUCCAGCUGUUUUUAGUGUGUACAUAAAAAAUUAGAGUCAGUCAUCAAGAAGUACUUACACAAUAAAACAAUACUGUAUAUAGUUAAAAUAGACCCGUCCCAUUAAACUAGUAAACUAAUCUGAUCUGUAUUUAUUCCAUUUAAGUGUGAUGCUCUGAACAGGCUUUCCACAAUAAUCUGAACAUAAACAUUGCUGCCCCAGUUUUAGGCGUCAUCGUACUUGAUUAAAGGUUUUCCAGCAGGUUUUGACAGGUUCUAAUUUCUCCUCCAGGCCUACAGAGGGAGAUCAUCGUGGACGAUCUGCCUCACCCGUUCGGUCUGACCCAGUACAGGGAUUUCAUCUACUGGACCGACUUCAACCUGCGCAGCAUUGAACGGGCAGACAAACGCAGCGGGCUCAACCGCACUGUGGUGCUGCAGGUACGAAACCCAGAUAUUCAGCAGCAGGUUUGAUCGGGAGAAUGUUUAAAUCUCACUCUAGAUUUAGUCUAAUCUGAAGUUAACUCCAUAAUAAAUCGGUUCAGUGGGGAGAUUUGAAUCAAUCAAUCAGAUCAGGAGAUCCUAAACUCUCCCUGUCCUCUGACUGUGUCCUCAGGGUCAGCUGGAGCUGAUGUUGGACAUCCUCGUCUUCCAUUCAUCACGCCAGGAAGGAACCAACGAGUGUUCCCAUAACAACGGGAACUGCGCUCACCUGUGUCUGGCCACGCCCGCUGGUGCUCGGUGCCGCUGUGCCUCCCACUACACGCUGAAUGCGGAUGGACGAAACUGCAGCUGUGAGUACAGAGCUGAGAGAGAGACAUGAGUUUGAUUUGGUCUGUAAAAUUGAUGAAAACCUGAACUGGGGGUGAACCACAGCUCAGCAGUCUAUGGUCUUUGUUUUUUAAGGAUGGGAGAAAGUUCAGGUAAAAAGUUUUCUAUCUGCAGUUUGUGUCUGUAGAGGCAGCUGUUGUCUCCCUAAAAUCAGCCUCAUGGCUCCACCUUCAGCCUGUUGGUUCACAUUAAAGCAUGCUUCAAACGAAAAACUCCACCCUGACAGAUGGAUAUAAAAAACACCAUUAUUGUUUCCUGCCUGGUUAAAAAUUUCCUAGAAAUAGUAUUCGGUACUUUUUAAUGUCUCUAAUCCAGGCAAAAAAGUUAAACAAAUACAGACGUUAUAAGACAGUUUCAGCUUUAAUCUUAAAACUUGUCCUGAUAGAGAAAUAGAACAGAGAAGGCAAGACAGAGGGAAAAAAAAAGAAACAACGAAAGAAGGAAUAUAAAUAGAACCAGAAAGAAUCGAGAAAAAAAAAAGGCAACAAACAUACAAGCAAGUAAAGACAAAAAAAUCUCUUCUCCCCCUGCAGCUCCCUCCAGUUUCCUGCUCUUCAGUCAGAAGGCGAGCAUCAGCCGGAUGGUUCUGGGUGAGCAGAGUCCCGACAUCAUUCUGCCCAUCCACGUCCUGAGAAAUGUCCGUGCCGUCAGCUAUGACCCGCUGGACCGGCUGGUGUACUGGCUGGAUGGACGGCAGAACAUCCGCAGGGCGAGGGACGACGGAGCCAUGGUAACACCCGACAUAUGAUCAGACAGAAAAUACAUCCGAUCAUCACUGAGUUUGUAAUGUGGAUUUAAUGAGAAAAUAUUUACCAGUUUAAAUGAAGGACAGUUUUUUACACUAACUUCCCUCAGUAAAAUGAUAAAAGUGUCCCUCUGUCAUAUUUCUUCCCUGAAUCUAAACCCUCAUUUCCACAAAAAAACAACAUCUUAUACCCUGUAUCUCUGUUUCCCUGCAGUCCUCCAUGAUAGUGAGCAGCACCGUUCAGGACAACCAGCUCCACGACCUGAGCCUGGACCCCUACAGCCGUCAUCUUUACUGGACCUGUGAGACCACCAACACCAUCAAUGUGCAGCGUAUGGACGGACACAUGGUGGGUGUGGUCCUGAAGGACGACACGGACAAACCACGCGCCAUCGUGGUCAACGCAGAGAAAGGGUGAGAGGCUGUUGUUGAACUUGGAAGCUGUGGUUUUAUUUCACAUGCACCUGUUGAUCUCGACACUUUCUUCUGGCUUUAACACACACAGACACACUCUGGGAACCGACUGCAUUUAAUACGAUGUUGAUGGGAUGAUUUUUACAUCUAUGAUGAAAAGUUGGGAGGGAAGCACUGAUGGAGAGCACUGACUCCUACUGUUACAGGCUUUUUGUUUUCUCUGCACCCUGCAGGUUUCUUUUCCAAUAUCAUCUCAAAUGAACCGUUUUUCCUUUCAGAGAACAUUCAGUCCAUGAUCUCUCUCUCUUUUUAUUGCACGCAAACGGGACUGUGCAACAAAUGUACCAACUCUCCCCCACUAAUAAGUUUUUUUUUUUUAUUGACAACUGAACAAGGAGGCUGACAUAUGUACGCAGUAGACUAGCAGGUUAUAUAGAUAUACGCACACGGAUGUACACAGUGAGGCCAUUAUUUAUGUCUGUCCAUCUGUGGUCUAACUGUGUAUUCUGUGUCUCACUUCAUCUGCUCUCCCUCUCUCUGCAGGUACAUGUACUUCACCACGGUUCAGGAGCGCUCAGCGAAGAUCGAGGGAGCCAGUCUGGACGGGACAGAGAGAGAGUCUCUGUUCACCACCGGCCUCAUCCGACCCGUCGCUCUGGCUCUGGACAACAAGCUAGGGAAACUGUUCUGGGUGGACGCUGACCUCAAACGCAUUGAGAGCAGCGACCUGACAGGUCAGUUCACCAUAACAGGAAGUAAAUAAAGCAGCAAGAUCAGAGGACCAGAGAACAUUUAGAUUCAGUUGUCCAACAUCAGAUGAAAUCUCUUGUUUCAUACGUGAGGUCUUUUGUCCCCAGUGUGAUGAUGUGUUCAUUCCAUUUGUCCAUCCCCCUCAGGAGCCAAUCGCAUCGUCCUGCAGGACUCCAACAUCCUGCAGCCGAUGGGUCUGACCAUCCUGGGAGAUCACCUGUAUUGGAUCGACCGGCAGCAGCAGAUGAUCGAGAGAGUGGACAAGCUGACCGGAGACGGACGCACACGCAUUCAGGGACGGAUCUCAUACCUGACCUCCAUCCACGCUGUGGAGGAGAUGGACCCUCAGGACUUUGGUAAAGACUGAAUGAUUGAGUUUCAGUGUCCAUCUUUCAGAGUACCUGAAACAGUUCAUGGCACUGUUGUUAGUGGAGAAUGUUUCCAGAGUUUAAGUGAUGUCUGUAUCUUCUGUCCAGCAUCACACCCUUGUUCCCGUGACAACGGAGGCUGCUCUCACAUCUGCAUCGCUAAAGGAGACGGUACGCCUCGCUGCUCCUGUCCCAUGCACCUGGUAUUACUGCAGGAUCUGCUGCACUGUGGAGGUAAACCACACUCAUUAUGCUUCAGCUUCAUCACUCUGUGUUCACUCCUACGUUUAGUCUCACUCUUUCUCCCCUCCUUCCUCCUCAGAACCUCCCACCUGCUCCACAGAGCAGUUCACCUGUUCCACAGGUGAGAUCGACUGUAUCCCCAUGGCGUGGCGCUGUGACGGGUUUCCCGAGUGUGACGACAGCAGCGACGAGGAGAACUGUCCUGUCUGCUCUGCGUUUCAGUUCCAGUGUGAUAAAGGCGGCUGCAUCGACGCUCAGCGCCGCUGCAACGGAGAACCCGACUGUGCCGACCACUCUGACGAGCAGGACUGUGAGAGUAUGUUCAAGAGGAUCUAUGCAUCAGCUCUCACCCAGUCAUUUUAUAACAUCUGAUACUUGGAAAUAAGUUUUAAUCUGAACCAAAUGAAAACAAUUGAGCUGGUUAUAAAAGCUUCAACUUCAAAUUAUUGCACUUGUAAUAACGGUCGUACUUUGUUUCUGUUUCCGCCACCUUGCAGCCAUCUGUCCUCCAAACCAGUUCCGCUGUGGGGAUAACCAGUGCAUCACCAAGAAACAACGGUGUGACAACUACUCCGACUGUCCUGACGGAUCAGACGAACUCGCCUGCGGUAAAAUCUAAAGCAUUUCUACACUUGUCUCUGUUUUUACACCUCUCAGGUUUGACUCUGACUCUGAGUCCUCUUUAUCUGUGCAGGAGAGUUUGUGUCUCCUCCAUCCAGUGGGCUCCCAAACACCGGUCCCAACACCAUCGGCCCUGUCAUCGCCAUCAUCCUGCUGGUCUUUGUGAUAGGCGGGGCUUAUUUUGUGUGUCAGCGGGUGGUGUGUCGGCGCUACAAAGGCCCUAGUGGGACUUUUCCUCAUGAGUACAUCAGUGGGACGCCUCACGUGCCUCUCAACUUCAUCGCCCCUAGCAGCUCACAGCACGGCACCUUCCAAGGUAACAAACAGACAGGUUUAGAGCUGUCAUGUUUAGAGUGGUAAAACUAACAGAUUUUUAAAAUAGGAAUCACAGUUUAUCUGGAGGAAAAGGUCUUCAGACACAGUCAGGAGAGACAUCCCUGCAACAAAGUUCUCCACCUUUUGUUUGGGAUUUGUUAGCCCCCCCAAAAAGGAGCUGAUACUCGUCUGAAGCCCCCCACUGAGCAUCUCCACUGAGUGCACCAUCUUCAGUCUGAUGGUUCUUAUUGAUACAUGCUUUAACCUCCAACACCACCAUGAUGGUUCAAUUUCAGAACUCUUACAUCAGUGUAUCUGUAUCUGACAGAUAAUCAAUCAAAAGAUGCCUGUUUCAGUCCUGGUUUCAGACCACACCGAUGCAGCAGUGCUGCACUUAUUCAAAUAAUAAAUCUAAAAGAUAAUGAAUGAUUUUUUUCUUGUCGUCAUUUGAUUCACAAAUGAAGACAGUAGUAAGAAUUAUUUUAACUGUUAUGAUGGACAUGUACAAUAAUGAAUAAUGAACUUGAAUUUUUGGGGUUACUGCAAAUCCACAAAACUAGUCUGGGUCAUUUUUCGUCAUUACUGCAGCGGGUAUCAGGCCUUUAUUUGAAGCAGGCUUGUAUUAGAGACAAGCCUCUAUAUUAAUUCCUCUCUGUCUGAGAAUUAUAAUUCUUUAUAUUUUGAUAUAAAGUGGUGUCCUGAUUCUGUAGAAGGACUGAGUGGCUCGAGUGCCCACUAAACCUGUGCAUAUGGGUCAAAAAGACAUUUUCAGAUUAAUGUAACUCUCCACACACUGCACAGAGGAGCACAUAUCGUCACCGUGCACCUUGUGUCUGCAGACAUUGAAAUGAUCUGAGCUUGUGAUCAGAUUAAGAAAAAUGUACUGGUUAGAUUCUUGAAAUAAGAUAUUUUCAUAUUUCAAUAACUUGAAAGGUAUUUUUUUCUUAUUCCACUGGCAGAUUAUUUUUUAGUCAUUGCAAGCACUUCAGCUCUUUGUCACAUCCUAAAUCACAUCCUAAAUUGUCUGUACUUGUCAGGUGAAUGUGGCUUAAAUUAAGCCUUGUUUUUUUGUCAUCAAAAUAAGAAAAAGACUCUGUCUGCAGGGAAGCAUUUAACAAAUGUAUCACACACACACAUCAUUGUUUGUUAAUCUAUCUCAGUGCUGAGGUUUCAGGGUUGAAAGGGUUAAGACUUUUCCACGUAAGAUGUUGACUUUUCAUAUCCUUUAGCGGGUUAACAGAUGUAAAGCCUCUCUUCACCUGUGCUGACCCUCACUCUUGUUGUUCCUGGACUGUCUGAUGUGUUUUUGAUAAUGAAAACAAUAAAAAUAUGGUUUAGAAAAACAAAAUCUCAUAAGUGACGUGUCUUGUGGCCGUGCAUGUGCAGGUAUUUCCUGUGGUAAGUCCAUGAUGAGCUCAGUCAGCCUGAUGGGCAGUAGCAGCAGUGGAGCGCCGCUCUACGACCGGAACCACGUGACCGGAGCCUCAUCCAGCAGCUCAUCGUCUACCAAAGGAGCUUUCUACCCUCAGGUAAACACACGCACACACGCACAAGCACACACACACACACACACACACACACACACACACACAACUGCUUCCUCUCUAUGCUGCAAUAACACCUGCAUAUUUUCACAUUUUGUUUCUGCAGAUCCUGAAUCCUCCUCCGUCCCCGGCUACAGACCGCUCUCUCUACAACACUGAGAUCUUUUACUCCUCCAACAGUCCCUCCACCACCAGAUCAUACAGGUAUGACACACACACACACUCUGAACAUGUGCAAUAUGGGAGAUGUGCAGUGUUUGUUUGUGGAUUUCAUUGGUCUGGGUUUCUCCUCAGAUAUGUGGAUUAUACUUUUUUGGAGGGGGUUGUUUAUUAACUCACUUUUCCUCUCUUCUCCUCCUGCUCCUCCUCCUGCUCUCCUCUCUUCUCCUCCUGCUCCUCUCCCUGCUCUCCUCUCUCUGGUGUUAGGCUUACAUAACAAUGUUAGAUAAACAUAUGAUUGGCCCUCCCUUUUAUAACCUCCAGGCCUGGAGUGUAAACAUGAUAACACUUGCUGACCAGAGUUAUGUCACUCACCCUGAUCUAAACUCUGUCUCCUCCUUCAGACCGUACCAUCCUGCCAGAGGAGUGGCCCCGCCCACAACGCCCUGCAGCACUGAUGUCUGUGACAGCGAUUACACACCUCACCACCCGCCGGCCGGGCUGGCGUCGUCAGCAGGCCGCUGGAAGGCUGUGGGCCACGGCGGCCACGGCAAACACAACAAGUACUACAUGGACCUGAACUCAGACUCAGACCCUUACCCUCCACCUCCCACCCCCCGCUCUCAGUACAUGUCAGCUGAGGAGAGCUGCCCCCCUUCCCCCUCAACCGAGCGCUCAUACUUUCACCUGUGCCCGCCUCCGCCAUCACCCUGCACCGACUCCUCAUGACCCUCUACAGCCCCUAAGUCCUGAGAGGGGGACAGAGGGAAGUCAGGGGAAGAACUCGUGCCCACUUCCAUCAUCACACCUGCUGCUCGCCGUCUGCUGGUUCAGCUCCAGUGCCUUGCUCAAGGUCCUGCACCUGUGGCUUAUCAUUCCAGUCAUCCUGCUGAUCUCAGGGUGACCUUCAUCAGAUCAGUCUGUUCUCCAGGUGUUUGCUCCCCUGGAACAGGUAAUCACUGCCAGCAACUCCCUCAGUAACUUUCAUUCCUUCAAGAGAAGAAGAACCUCGUCUGCUGGGCCACCAAUCUGUCCAAAUACGAGCCUGACUCCUCGCCACGCCUCGAGCUGCUCCCACCCCCAACUCCUCAACAUGUGCAUGAACUCAGACUGAGAGGUGUGUGUUUGUCUCCUCCUUCCUCACGGCACCCGUGUUUGUAGGACUGUACAUAGUGUUAAAAUAAUAUGAACAAAAGAAAUCAGAGAGGAAUUAUUAUUUUUAUUCACGCUGGCUGAUCCACCGCUCCUCUGAAACAAAGGCCAGAUAGACGAGUGAACGGAGGAGCCAUGAACGAGUGGACAGCCGUGAAUGUUUCACUUGAUGUAGGACAUUAGAUAAAUUCACAGACGAUGACUGAAUGAAUGUGUAGAUGAGUGAAUGAAUGAAUGAAUGAAUGAAUGAAUGUGUGGGUGGAAAAGGGCCAAGAUCAAAGCAGGGCUGGGCAAAAACAGGAUGAGCAUAUUUUUUCUAUAAUGAUCAAUAUGGAUAUUUAUCAUUCUGUUAAAUCUGAUGCUGCCAGUGUAGAGAGUAUCCUGUAAAGGAUGAAGGUCAGAAGAAACCACUUUAGAUCAGAGCUCAGAAACAGUAUUGUACUAAAUUAUACUUUUUUUAAAGUGCAGAUCACAUCAAGAUUUUAAAAACUCUGAAUGAAGCAGUUUUACAUCAAAAAGUAAUGUUUGUUUGACUCUCUUAGCAAACACAGGAGUGGGCUGUGAGCUGAGCUGCCACUAGAGACAUUAGCUCACCUGUAAUGUUGUUAUAUUCCUGUUUUUCAACCAUCAGUCAGUAUCCACAGGGGGUCUCCUGAGACAAAAGACAACCCCUCAAUAAAGAUCCAGUCCAAUAAAGCAGCUUUAGGGUUAAACUCUGUUUUAUGUAAGGACCUUCAUCAUAGCUUCGGGGGCUGCCAGCUGAGCUGCUGUUAAAGCUGUCAGCUCAGUUACAGGUGUCUCCACCUCGAUGAAAUGUGAAGACCUGGGGAUUAAAUCCAGUUUAAACAGAGAAGAAGCAGUUUCCUAUAAAUCCAGUGUUUUUUCCAGGAUCCAGGGGGCAGCCUGCUGAGCUGCAGCUAACGUCAGUUGAUGUCAGCAUGAGUAGAAACCAUUAUAUGUUUAAAAGAUAAAUAUUAAUUAAAACAGCAGCACAAAGUAGUUUCAAAGCAUUUAAAAAAGUGUAUGCUGUAGGCUCCAAGCUGCAGACUGAUUGGCUCUUGUUGUGUUUACUGUCCUCAGUUUUACAGAGUUAUCAACCUAAAUGUCAUCUCUGAUUUUGUCUUGGAAACGUGAUUGCCCAGCCCUAUCAAAGUGUGAAAUCUUCUGUGCAUCGUUUGAAAAGGUCCCCUCCCAUUUCAAAUCAUGUUUUCUCUGUAGUCGAAUGUUGGACCUCAUGAGCUUUUCCCACAAAGACACUACAGUCCAGUCAGUGUCCCACAACAUCACAACAUACCAAAUGACGUGUAAAGCUAUUGUACAUAUGUGUAAUGAAGUCAAUGAUUGAGUUGUGAGAAGUGAAUCCAUCACAUUUACCUUCACUUUGCCGUUUACCAAAAUUCUGUUUGCUGCUAUUGUGUACAUAAUCUACCAGUUAUUUUUAAUUAUUACACAGAAAAAAAAACCCAAAUUACCACUUUCAUACUGACCAUAGAUCAUGAAGCUAUUUUACAGUUAAUAACAGAUUAUUCUUAUAGUGAAUUUUGUAUUUCUGUUUGUGUGUAGAUCUUUGUGUGUCAGUGUUGUCGCUGUGUUUGUUGGUUUGAAGGAGUCUGUUUGAAAAGGGUCGAAGAGUUUCCACUGAGACAUUUGAGCUCCUGAAAUCACCUGAAGGUCUUAUAGGACACCUCUUCACGCACUGACUGGCCCCGCCCACUUUCACACCUGGCCAAUCACAGUGUAAAUUAGGCUCUAGUACCUGACACCAUGCAUUCAUGUGCAACUCUGUUGGUCUCUUGUAUAGAGUUUGAAAGUUGUUCAUUAUUGAUGUCUUUAAAUAUUCUCUAAAUUGAAAGUCCCACUCCAAUGGUUUUCUAAUACAAUUUAAAGUGUUCACAGAGGUCUGUAAAUCGCACUUAAUGAAGUUUUUUGCCAAAACAACACUGCCUUUGCACCCUUCUCUUCACGCUAGCUUGCAGCCUAACAUUGUCAGUGUAGUAGAAGGGGUAGGUAUCAUAGGAGCUAUUCAGCUCUUGGACACUAAUGUCUUUGGGGACAUGAUGAAAGUUAAUAUCAUAACUAGCUUUCUUAUGAGUAUUGCAAUCCACUACUGCACACACUUGUUCCACCAUCGUCCAUCUACUUCUCGGGGUCUGGCCUGCAGAGCGGGGCGCCAAGGGCGGAGCAUAGAUUUGUGACAUCCAAAAUCCUACUGUGUCUGAACCUGCCGUUUGGGCAAUUUUGCACUUAGUUUUCUCAUGAUAUGUCCUCUAGCAUCAGAAAAAUGCCAUAUGAACAUGUAGACAACAAGAAAAACUUGAUUUUCAUCGGAGUGGGGCUUUAAGGUACUUUCUUGUUUUCAGCCCUUUUUUUGGCCAGUGAUUCAGCCUUAUGUUGACUCAAACACCUGUUCAUUUGAGGUGUUUUGUCUGCACUGAACCAGACCCAGAGGACUGUAAAAAGGAUUUUAACAGACUCCUAAGUCACUGCUCUGUCUGACAGAUUCAGACUAUAGAACAGGCAAAAAAAGCAAACAACCAAAGUUUUUAUCCUGACUUUAUCCAGACUUUUUACAGCUUGGUUAAAUUUCUGUGUAAGCAAAAAAUAAAGGUGAUUGGACACAAGAAUGCAGGCGUUUUGACGAGCUCUUCAGUUUUUCAGGUGCUCUUCUCCAACACAGUGAACCUGGGAUAACAGUGAACAGACAGAGAUUCUUUAUCGCCUUACCGGUCCUCUGACCACUUGAAACAUCAACUCUCACACAUUGAUUGUGGUGCCUUCAGGAGCUGUUAGAGGUUUGGUGUCAUGUCAAAAGACACGCCAAACCACUUGAGUUUCUAAUGAGUGGGAAACCUUCAGCACCUCCAAACGUUUUUACUCUUUUUUUAUCCAGCUCACAGGAUUUAGACUGUUCCUACUGACCUGCCAUCAGCUGCCUUCUGCAGACACUGUUCUCCUUGAGUAUCUGCAUACAGAUAUGUUAUUGCUGCAUGUAAGAAAACUAACAUCUAAGAUUAAACUCCACAAACCACUUUUGAUAAAUGUAUAGAUUCAUGCAGAGAAGCAGGGCUACUUAUUUUUUACCAUAAGACAUUUUUCUGGACUUGUCACCUUAAAUGUUGCACCAAAAAAUAGUUGUAACAAGGGCUCAAAAACCUUUAAUAUGAUGUAUUUUACAAUGAACCUUCGCAGGCUGCAGAGCUGUUUCAGAGUCAGACUGUUUUAUCCUCUGCUAGAACAGAAAAAAAACACCAAGCUCUCCGGUCUUAGUCAUCUGCUAUUGUCUCCUACUGUCAUCAGAAACCAGCGUUCAUCAGUGUGGGUCCAGUUAGGUUCACCUGUGUUUGUCAAAGUGGGAACUCUUUGACCGGUUUUAUAUUUUGGGCUGUUGGCCCUGCCUCAAACCACUGUGUCAGUAAAACUCCUUAAAACCUGUAUCUGUCGUCUCGGCUAAAAAUGCUUUGUGUAAUUUACACUUGUGACAUUUUUUGUAUCAAAAGCAUUUUUAUAUAAUAAAGGUUCUAUUUUAAGGAAUAAUGACGUGUCUCUGAUUUAAGCUGAACACUGGUGGAUCUCUGUUAUCUCUGCAAAAAUCAAUCACAGGUGACUGUUUUUUAAUUUACAGGUAAUACCAUUACAUAAGAUAAUUCUCAACUGAACCCAGAGAGGAAAUCGGGCGUGUACAGCAACACAAGCACAGUUGAGAAUACAAAAGGAAUAAUAGUAGAAAAUAGGCACCCAAUGAAAAUAAGUGGUGUGAACAACUAUUACAUAAAGGUAUGAAUAAAGAAAGGACAUAUUGGAGGCUAUAGAGACAGGAUAUGAUAUGAUAAAUAGCAACAAGGUCUCCCAAGGUAAUGGAAACAGUUAGCUAAUGUAUAACAGAGAAAAUGAUAUGAAUAAUUGACUGUAAGGUAGUGGUAGUUUAAGGUGCUUCAUAUAGUGGCAAUAAGUAGUACAAAAAUAUCAUUAAACAGUGCAUAGGAUAAGGUUAAGUAAAAAAUUGUGUGCCAUGCUUUCAUGGCAUUCAAAAAAAUGCAAUAAAUAAAUAAAUAUUGAAAUGUGACUUUCAUCCUUCUCCUCUGAAAACUAAUCUUUAGUUUUGAUAAGCAUUGCAAGAAAAGAACCUUGCUUCUUCAUAUGAUAUGUAUGAAAUAGUCUUAAAUGUGUACCCAGAGUGGUUCAUAUGGAUUAAACUAUCUGAAGAAUUAUACACUGAUAUUCAAAAUAAGGAUUUUUUAAGUACACCUUUUAAGUACACCUCUUCAUUUUAAUUCUGUAUAUCACCCUCACUGGAUAUGAACUCUUUUAAUCUACAAAUAUUCUAGAGAAAUGAUCAGACUGGAUGCUUUGGUUUGAAACUGAAGAAUUAAACACAUUAUGAAUGUAGUGGUAAUAAUUGUUCAGAUACAUACAGUAUAAGGCUCCAGAAGGCUUCAUGUUAUAGCAAUCUUUAUUUUACUUCUUUAGUAUAUUAAAAGUGGAGUUACACAGGUUUUAAAGCUUGUAAAAUAUCACAUAUCCAUGGCUAUGACUGUAUUUUUUGUCAUCUUCCAAAAUUCUCUUUGUUUUUUCAGUGUAGAGGGUUAAGGGAAAUGCCCAAGUUUUGUGCAGUGCUGUAAAAAUGCUACAAUAAAAUCAGAGAGCUUUAAAGGGUGUAUUUGUACUAUUUAGAUAUAGGCAUAAAGUCUGCAGCUGUUUCCCAUUGAUUGAAUGAUAUUUUUGCUUUUUCCAGGUUUUACACAUUCUUUUAUAUAUAUAUAUAUAUACACACCUUCAUUAUAAAGGUUAUAUCUUGGGACGGGCUCGUUUAUUUUCAGUCUGUAGGUAACCUGUAAAACAGUGAUGACACUACUUUUAUUUGAAAAAAAACGUGGGCUCGUCCGGGAUUUGAACCCGGGACCUCUCGCACCCAAAGCGAGAAUCAUACCCCUAGACCAACGAGCCGCUGUGCGAACAAGGAAAACUCAACAGUAUUUAAAGGCUUAUAAGUCACUGUCGGGUUUCUUUUACAGUAUUAGGAUGACAUCUACUGGUCAAACAAAGAGCUUCUACUUAUUUGAUUUCCUUUGGAGUUAGUUUGUUUGCCUAAAUUGCCCGUCAGAAGUUGGGUCUUUGUCAUCCCGAUACAAUUUGGUGCAUCAGUCACGAUUAAACUAAUUGAUAGAGACAGAACGGGUCUAAUCGAUUAAUAAUAUAAUUUUCACAAAAAGUAAUGUUUUGCCAUCAAACCUUGUAAGGUAAGGUUUUCACCGGAGUGAAGUUGGUGUUAAGUCUGUCGAAUUUCUAACUUAAAACUUACUUCACCCCAGUAAUAUACCGUAUUUUUCUCCUCUGUUUGAGAAGUUGCCCUCAAGGAAAAGAGGCUCCCGAGACACAGAGUUGAUCCUUCAUUUGUCAUGUUUUUACUAUCAAAAUCUAGUUAUUUGAUCAAAACAGUGGCUCUCUUCAUUAAAAACUUUACAGAAAAUAAUAAGAAUACCUGCCACUAGUUUGUCCUUUCUGUGUUACUGUACAAAAAUUUGCAAGAUGGCGGGCUUUAAAGGGGAGGAUCCACCAGUGGUCUCAAGGUAGAAAAAAGGCUUCAUUUUAAGUUCCCAAUACCUCAACUAUUUUUAUAAUCACAUUAAUAGAAGCAUUUUAUUAACGUUCCAACUCUACCAAAUCUGCUGGGAUUAAUGUAAAGUGACUUAAUUCUAACCUUGUACAUAAGGUUGGUGUGAAAGAUGUCUUCCUUAUCUCCCCUGUUCUGGGAUUUUGUGGUGUAUUUCUAAGCUUCAUGUGAUGGGUUUGAUUUCUUAAUGUGUCUUCUGGAUUCUUACGUUGUUUGGGUGAACUUUUCAUGGCUUUCUUUUCUGCUGUUGAGAUUUGGUCUUCUUGCUCUUGUCUUAAAUGUUGUUUCUUUUUGUGCAAACUGUCAAAGCAUUAUGUGAAUCCCCGUUUUAUGAAUGCUACAAAUGAAGAAAUCUUUUUCAUAGUAACACAUUUUGACAGUGCAGGAUAAGAAAGUACUCAGGGCUUGGUAAGGUUUUUUAUUGAGAUAUUUUUUACUUUACUUUUGCUGACAUUUGUGAAGAAGUGACACUUUUACUUGAGAGCUGUUUCUGUCUACUCUACUCAUUACUGUCCACCUGCUGCACAGACUCCAAACGAACAGUAUUAAAGUAGCUUACUUUGGCUUUGCUUUUGUACAGUGGAAGGAGGUAGAAACAUGUUGUUCAUGAACUGCAGUCAGCUUAAAGAUUCCCAUAACUGGAAUAAUGUUAUCCUUGUUCAGCUGUCAGUCCUGUCAGCGGUCCUCAUGUUCGUCUGAAGGUAAUGACCCCUGCCUGACUUUGUGCUGCAGACUUUCCCAGGCGUUCAGCUUCCUCUGCUGCCUCACCUCCAGGCUACCUGCAGCUCUCUGCGUCCGUCUUCUCCUCUGAGGUGAGAGGGAAUUUCCCGUCACAUUGUGAGUCUGUCCUCCUGGUGUCCAGCAGAGGUGACACGUCUCAGUAAUGAUGCCCUCAGGCCUCAGCUCUGCAGCAGGUACAAAGACUCCCAGCCUCACCUUUCUUUUGCUUCUUCUGUACCUCUAUUGUCCUAAAAACACUGCAGCUAAAGGUCAUUUCCUCUCUCUGCUGAAAUAACUAAAACCCUUACUGCUAAAGUCACUGAACUGGAUGCUGUCACAUAAUCUGGGAACCAUCUACACUUACAAACUCCUGUGAUAUGGUGUCGUAUUAUCUGGAUUUAACACAUAUUGUUUAGGUCUGCUGGAGAAUGCCUGGCAUGCUUUAGUUAGUCUUUGUUAGUCCCUGCCUGGGGGAACAGUUAGUAUCAAUAAGAAGAAAGCUGUACAGGUCUAAACCUGGCUUUAGAUGGGCUUCAGACCAGCUGAGGGGUGGGAUGUCUGCAGAUUAUUUAGACUUGUGUGUUAACAGAUCAGAGGCCUGAAACCAACAUGCUGAAAAUCUGCAGAAUUGGCUCAAGUAGAAAGUUUAUUGACCUGGUACCAAACACUGCUGGGUGCUUUUCAAAGUAAGAGUCCAUCAGAGGUGGGUAGUACUGCAUUACAAUAACUGAUAUCUUUUAAAUAAAGUCCCCCCUCCAGCUGUCAGCACAGUUAGGACCAGAACUUCACUCAUAUAAAUGCUCUCCCUGUCUCAUCUGUCUAAAUGAGUGUUCAUUUGUUUUACCUGUACUGGUGUAAAUAUCAGCAGUGGGAAUAUUUUAGAGAGUGAAAGCAGUCAAACCUGUAACACGAUCAUUUCCCAGUGAGGUCCUUACCUUUGGACUGUGAUAUCCCAAAAUAGGGUUUUCAUGUUGGGUCAGUAGGCUGGGGAAAUAUCAAGAAGAGAAGAAUAUGAAAAGAUUUGAGUUUUUUAGUGAUGAGGUCAAAAGUGCACCUGCUGACCGUUAACUCAGACAGAUCCUAUGAGUAUCAAACGAGUAGAUGAUGCACAAACAGAAUAAAGAUAAUUUUGAGUAUUAACUGAAGGCCGUUGUUAUACUGAGAUGAACUUGUCCAGGUGAGGUGGGAACUUUCCAGUGCAGGUAAUCCAGCUGGCAGACAGGUGCUGAAGGCUGAACAGAGGCAGGGAAGAGGAGGAGACCAGCAGUACGACUUCUUCAACUUUUUGUUUUUUCUUCUCUUUUCUUCUCUCUGUGCGCUUGCCGCUCUGUAAUUACACCAGCUGCCUGAAAGCUGUGGCUGUCUCUCCCUCUCUGCCUCCCCUCUCUUCCCCAUUUUACCUCUCUCUCUGCCCCUGAAAUUCUUUAAUGUACCUCUCCUCCCUCACCGCUGUUCAUUCCCACAAUAAAGUCCAGCACCUGCCCACUGACACACCUUCAGGCCUGCACAGUGGCAGACUGCAGCCAAGCAUGAAUGUGAGAUCUGACAGAGGUACAUUUAAGCGGGAGCACAAUGGGACAGGUCACUGCAGUAGGAUUUACUGCUCUGCAACAGGUGACACUGCAGAUCGAGGGUUCAUCUAUGUCAAAGGUCUGAACUUUCAAAUACAGUCAGCUGAGCUAACAGAGAGUUAUCUUCUGACUGUUUCCUUCUCUUCAGCCUCUCUGAAGAGGAAGAGGAGGACUGGCUGUCAGGUGGAGUAAACAGCACAGCACUGAGACAACAGAAAGAAGCUGAUGCGUUACUGUGGCUGACAUCCAGCCUGUCCAGCUGAUCAGGGGUCAGAGGUUACCUGGUUAACUGUGUGUAAACAAACAGGGUCUGAUGCAAAACUUGUACAGACUGAUCCUCCCUCUGCUAGUCCAGAGUCAGAUUCAGAACACCUGUAUCACCUUCUCUGUAAAGACCAUUAAAUACAUCUAGAUUUUUUUUGGUCAUUCAUUUUAUCAUGCCCCCAGAGAGCUGAAUAGCUCCUAUGUUACCCGCCACUUCUACUAGCUGGCAAUGUUAGGCUACAAGCUAACGUGAAGAGAAGUGUUGAGAGCAGCGCUGCCUCCCCCCAUGACUCAGAGGCAAAUUGCUAAUGAUCUACUGGAACUCUGCAGAAGCAAAUCCCUUGAAAAUGACACAGGUAACGUGAUUUUGGCUAAAAACUUCAUAAUCACAAAAUUAACGACCACUGAGAACACUUUCAAUAACAAUCACAAAAAAAUAAGAUUAGAGUGGGACUUCGAGUUUUCACUUGUUGAUUUCACUGAUAAAUUUUACACUUGAAUUUCUUCUUAUUUUAUGACUUUUUGUCUAAUAAAAGUCUUAACCUCAACUUUUGCUUCUUCAUACGAAGCUGCAAAUUUUUCACUUUUAUUUCUCCAGGUUGUGUUUUUGAUUCUAUAAUCAUGACUCUUAACCUCUCAGGUGCUCGAUACUCAUUGACUCCUUUUUUUAUUUCUUUAAUUUUUUCCCCUUUUUUGACUGACAGUAAUGGGCCUCCAUAGUUUCGCCUCCUAGUAUUGUCCACCUGUGUUUCCCACAGUUCUAGCAGAUCGCUGUCAGACAGCCACAGGCUGAGACUCUGAGGUGUCAGGGGGAGGAGGGUCUGAUUUUUAUUCAGUCAGAGCCGAGAGGGAGGAGGAGGGCAGAUCACAUGUUUCUCUCUGAAUAUGAACAUAUGGCGGAAGGAUCUGAAACUCAUCAUUAGUGCUCUGAGGGGCUGAUGGGAUGGUGAGCUGCUGGAGUUUACAUCACUCUCAUGUUUCCAUCCUGGCUGACAGCAAAGGCUGAGCCUCCAUGUCAUUUCUAAAGGUUUCAGACAACGAGGCCAGUAAAUAAAAAAUGUUAUAUUGUGAAAGGUGCAGUUAGUAAAUUUUCAAUCAUGUUAUCAUCCUCUAAAGACACCAUGCAGAAAAACUCUGUAUGUGAACUAAACAAAACCUGCUUCAGUGGUUAAAGAUAGCUCUAAGAUGCCAUAAACUGACAGUCUUCCUAAUGUCCAGCAGGGGGGCGACUCCUCUGAUCAUUAACGUCAGUCUGAUUAUGUGGAGGUCUAUGUGCAAAUGGUCUAAAAUCUCAGCUAAUUUAAUCCCUCAUGUUUUCCCCUAUGAGUUUAUGGUCUUAAUCCCUAGUUUAUUGUUGUCCUCAUUACACUGAUAAAAAACACCUUAUAUCAUACCUACAACCAUUUGUCCCUAUCAAUUCAUCAGAUCGUCUGUUUAUAGUUUGUGGAGAGUCUCAGUUUCUUUGUAAACACUGUUUCAGGGGCUUCACUCUGGCUUUCUCCAGCAGUAUGAGCCUUAAACAGAAACUGAUGUUGUUGUGAUGAUUUCCUCAUUAACAGGUCUUCAGUUUGCUUAAACAACAACAUCAUGAUGCAGAUUAGUCCAAAGUCCAGCUUUGUCGGUUUUUCAUCUACUUUGAAAAUGUUUGUUUGUUGAAUGGAGGUCAGAUCUUUCAUUUUUGAUGCAUUCAGGGAAGUCAGGAAAUCUGAACUCUCAGCAUCAGUCAUUUUAGUGUCCUAGUGUAAACAUUUGUUUUAAAACAGAUUGUUAGCUGACCUUCAUGCAGAUAUCUGUUCAUACAAAAAAGAAAUCCUCCUCCUGUAUGAGAUUAAGACUUGAUCCUCAUCAGUACCCGUCACUCACAGACCUCCUAUUCAGCUGCUGGUGACAAGAUGCAUGAGCACUGCUGGUCAGAUCUGCCACAGAGACAUGUUACUGUUUUCAUCUUUAGUCUGUUUCUGCAGAGCACCAAAAAGAGGACAAUAACAACUCUUACCAACAUCCAUGUUUACAGAGUAUGAGUUUCAGUCUGGAUGACAGGAUUUGCUCUGUUAAUCUAGACCAGAAGUCUGUCCUCUUCACAUCAGACAUUAAGGACUCUCAGACCUGCUGUGUUUGACAGAGCUCCUCCUCCUCCUCCACUCAGACCUCUUCAGGGUGUCUAAACAAACCUCCACCCACAGGGAGUUUAGGAUGGAGGUCUGAAGAGGUUAAUUUAAUCCAGACUAACAUAUGGAGAAAAUGAAAUUGUGGAAAUAAUCAUGAAUCAAGCACUCAGUAUAAACCAUAGUAUGGAGGUAAAGCAUUGUCAUUAUAAGUGUUUUUUUCAGCAGUUAAAAGACGAGACUGACAGAAAAAGCAACAAACUAAAAGUUUAUUGAAUUAGGAUUCGUAAAGAUGAUUAAAAAACAGUUAAUCUAUGAACUAAUAUGACUGUAAAACAGGACGCACAGUGAGGGUCACUAUCAAUGGAGAUACAACCAGGUCCUUACAUCCUGGCUGGUCUGAAGGGUUGUGUAUCUUCAAAAAAAAACCACUACUUUGUCCACAGAACAAGAAAAAGCGAUACAAGUGGGCAAAAGCUCACAAAAAUUAGACUUAUGAUGACUAGAAACAAGUUUGCACUGUUUGGUUCAAAAUGCGGAGUCUAUGUCUGCAGACAAACUGGUGAAUGUCUGAAAGCACCAUGUGUUACACUCACAAUUCAGCAUGGAGGUGGUAGUUCCAUGGUAUGGGGAUGUUUUGCAGGUGAUAGAGUAGGAGAUUUGUUUGAAGUAAAGGGUAUCAUGAGGAAGGAACAGUACCACUCCAUCCUCCAGCACCAUGCUGUUCCAUCUGGACUCAAAAAACAUCAGCUCAGGUAUGACGCUGAAAUCUCCCCCCUCCUUCAGUCAUCCACCCUGAUCGACCUCUGAACCAUCAGAAAGUCUACAGCCUAUCCUCAUGACUCUAGUUAAACAUUGACAUUAAAAAGCACGUGAAGGUUCUGUGAUAUGAACUGAAUAUGAUCCUGAUUCACUGUGUCAUAAAGGCAGACCGAUGUUUAUGUCUAUUGAGAUGUAAAACAGGAAAAGUUUCACCCAUACAUCCCACAAAGAGCUGUCCUGGAUCUGUGAAAGGACCAGAUGUCCUCACAGAGCAGCAGGUGCUUCACCAUGUCCCACUGCUGAAUUCCCAUACUUCCUUAUACUGUCUGCAUUUAUUCAUCAGACAGUCAGGAUGAAGCAGAAACACAGCAGGACUAAAGUGUAGAAAUAUGGUGCUGCUGUGGGAGUGCAGGUGAAAGUGUCCUGAGGAGGGCAGCAGGACCUCCUACUGAUCAGGACUCAUGCUCACAGUAAGACAAGUUUAAACAGAUUUUAGCAGCAUGUAAACUGUGGUUUGGUUUCUUGGAUUAAUAACGAUGAAAUGAGAAACGAUCAGAUGGUGGAACAGAUUCAUGAAUAUGUCAGGGAGACGGGUUAUUAUGAAGACUUCUUUUUGGAGGAAGUUGCAGAAAUCUCACUGAGAUACAGAGCUCUGAGGAAAAGGAUAAAAAUAUAUCUUUUGAAUAGAGAACACAUACUGACAUCACAGAGUAAUAUAAAGUUUGUUUCAGCCCUGACUAUAACCGAGUGGAAGCUGCGAUUAGGGUUAACAGAAGCAGAAUUCACAUCCACUAUAUCAACAAUCAAACAACAGUGCCAGCAAACAUCACACAGUGAUGAUCACCCUGAUAGGCAGGUGCAGUUCACUGCUUUUGUUUAUCGUGGCCCAGGUCUCUUCUAUACUGGUGUUACGUGCUCAGUGUUGCAGCUUUGCAGGUGCCAGUGUUUCAGAGAGACAUGUUGGCGGUGCUGCAGCUGCUCCUCCUCCUCCUCUGUGAACGCUGAGACUGACGCUGAUAGUGAAAGUAAAAGUGUUUUCUUAUUGUCAGAGGUGUAAGAGUCAUUCUGUGGUCAGAUGAGUCACUCUUUAACCCAGACAGGUUUUCUAAAGGCCACGUCUGAUUUAUUAAAUGUAUAAAAUGCUUGAACCAGUACCAGUACCAGUGUCACUACCAGCCUUUUUUUGUUUUUGUUGAUCAGAAGUUUGUGUCUCUAGUUUUUGUACACAGAGGAAUUUAGUGGUAACACAUUUUAAAACGACUCUGCAGUUUCAGAGAAAUGUUUGCAGAUGACACGAAGGGGGUAAAAAUUGGGAAAUUUACUGUUUCCAUACUGUGCAGGCAUGCCCUCACAGUAUGGAAACAUGCCUGCACAGUAUGUACAACAUAAAUAGUAUCCUAUCAGUAUCCUAAAUUAAAGUAAAAAAGUGCCCUCUGGAUGCCCCCUCAGUUUAAUUAAUCUAAGUUAAAUUCUCUCACUUUGUUAGUUUAAGUAUUAAAUUAAUUUACAAUAUCAUCCAGUUUUAGAAAAUUUGAUUUAAUUUAAAAAAAACAACAACAAUAAAUCAAAUCUAUAUGAAUGUGAGCUUAAUGAAGGAAAAAGUAUUCAUGGAAAGGCGUUUACAAUUCUUUGAAAAGGGCAGAUACUCAUUUAACAGAACUUGCUGUGCGUCGGUGUCCAUAACAUACUGGAGGUGCCUUUGUUUCAUCCCUGCCCCUCAAACAGCCUGAAUACACCACUGCUUUCUAUUAUGACUGUAAUAAAGGCCAAAGUCUUGUUAAAAUGAAAGUUAGAGAUAAAGUCAAAUCAUAUCAAGUCAAAUAUUUCUGGUUUAUUACCAGCUCAGAUGAUUUCUCAAUGAUCGGAGUCUGGAUACCAAUGGUGACCUUUGUCUUACUUGACAGACAGCAAGUGAUCUGUCAUUACAGGAUAAUAUAACAGGCUGAGAGUGGCAGAAAAUACAAUCAGACUUCAAAGUUUCAUGAUUUUAGCAGCCAAGCAGAGCCAUGGCUACUGUGUACAGAGUUAGAGUGGGGUUUAGGCUUAAACAGUGUGAGAACCAACAUAGGCAACCCAGAAAAAAAUGAUAUUUGAAAACUAUUGAAAUGGUCAAUUAUCCAGACAGGUGUGUUUUUUCACAUAUGAAGAGGGUCUGCACUAACAAAACUUUCCCUGCCCUUAGUCAGACUGAGCAGAAAAGGCCCUGCAAAUAGAAAUAAAACAGUCUUAUACCCUUGAAUCUGUAGAUGAUUGGGUUACUAGAACUCCCCAUGAAGAAAGAGACUACUCCUCACUGUCUCUGCUUUCCUCACCUGCUACAACCACAGUUUCAAGAAAGCAAGGAUGCCGGUACUUCCCCUGAUGAUCUGUUUGUUUUUCAGUUGUUUUGUAUUGUUGGAAACAUCUCCAACUCAUGAGGUGAAUUUCCACCAACAAGUUAGUACCAUGACUGGGUAUAAAAAGGACAUUCAGAGAGGCUCUCAGAAGGAAAGAUGAGAAGAGGUUCACCACUCUGUGAGAGACUGCGUGAGCUAAUAGUUCAACAGUUUCAGAAAAUCUUCCUUCGUGUCAAAUGUGAAAGAAUGAGUGGAUUUCAUCAUCUACAGCACAUACUAUCAUUAAAAGAUUCAGAGAAUCUGGAAAAAUCUCUGUACUACAGGGACAAGGACCAAAACCAAGACUGGAUAGUCCUGAUCUUCAGGCCCUCAGGCAGCACUUCAUCAAAAGCAGACAGGACUCUGGAGUGGAAAUCACUGCAUGGGCUCAAAAUCACUUUGUCUGUGAACACAGCUCAUCACUGCAUCCACAAAUUAGGUUAAAACUGAACCAUGUAAAGAAGAAAGCAUAUUGAAACAAAACCCAGGAACACCAGAGACUUCUCAGGACCUGAGUGUAUUUAAGAUGGACUGAACGUUUGAAUGAUGUGAAAACCAUUGAAAUCAGUUUUUAUCAAGAUUUUACACAGACUCCCAACUGUUUUGGGGUUUCAUUUGAAUAACUUUGUUCUUUACUAGGACAGACAUGUCUUUGAGUUCAUGGUAUAUAAACUCCACAAAAUGUGAAUCAUCCAUAUCAGUCUGAUAUUCACAUUCUUCAUGUGUACAAUAGCUGCUCUACACUUAUUUGUGCAGCUUUAUUCCUCAGCCUUUCAAAACGCUGAAAUUGCAUCUCUGAAGGCAAAAAAGUCCAACUUCAUCUUUUUUCAUAGAUUUCACAUUUUUCUAAAGUUUUUCAAAACUUCCAACUUUGAAGUCCAGCUGUAAAUCAAUUAUCGGAGCCAUGAUGUGUGAAAUGCAAAUAACUCUAAUCUGGUGAACAAAGGAUCAUUUGGCCUACUUCAUAGCAGAGUCUGUGGGCUACGCUUAGUGUGUGUGUGUGUGUGUGUGUGUGUGUGUGUGUGUGUGUGUGUGUGUGUGUGUGUGUGUGUGUGUGUGUGUGUGUGCGCGCACAUUGCACACACUCUGCAGCGUACACCAUUGUUCAGUGAAAUCUGUCUGGCCUGUAUUGUCCUUAUGUGAUGGUAUUGUUGGUGGUAUUGUUUAAGCCAGUCAGUUUGUUCUCAGUUCCUGUGUAUCUUGAUGGCCAUUAUGCUGCUGGAGGCCAUGCCAUGUCAGAUCGAUCGAAGCGUAGGGGAAACAAAGAGACAGCACAGCUUGGCUUGAACCUCGGGUAAUGGGCUGAGAGAAAAGAAAGACGACGAGAAAGCAGAAAGCUUGAGGUGGAUGGGCAGAGGCAUCAUGUGGGUGAGAGGUGACACAGAAAGAGUGUAUGAGGACAAGCUGAUGAGGAGGAUCACAGAUGUGUGUCAUGGACAUUAGAUCAGGGAUCGAGAAAGUCACACAAGUUUUAAGGUCCACACAGACCAAAAAGACUGCAUAUAUCUCUUUAUUAGGAAAAUGAUACUUGGAGAUUUUCCUUGCAGUAUGUCAAAGCUUUUAACAACAGCACACCAAGAUCUUUGUGCUUCAACCACAGUAUAAACCACCCUGAACAAGUGCUCUUGUUCGCUAGUGCCAGUACAGUAAAGGGGUAUUCCGGCAUUUUUAAAGUCAGGUUGUAUGAGUUCUGUGUAACCAAUUAGUGUUUUAGCUACAAUGGAAGUCGGUCAGCUCAGCCCCUAUACUGAGAAACUGCAGAGAGGGGGGCUGACACAUGAGGAAGGCCACAGUUUUCUGCAGAAAGGGCUGACUCUGCCACAAAAUUUAGCUAAUUUUCUAGCUGACCCAAACACUUACCUUGGUUUUGGUGUGCCAACUACUAAGAAUUUUUCAGCACUUUGCCAUCAGGAAGUCUGUUUGAUUUUGCACUAUUUGUGACACUAAAACAUACAAACUCCUCUGUAUGCAGAAGGAUAAAGCUUUCUGGUCUAUAAUGUACACGUCCCUAGCAUAUUGUAAAAUUGUCUCUUUACAGCCUGCAAACCAAAUAUCUGAUCAAUUCAAUUCAAUUUAAUCUGUACUGCAGGUAAAGCACGUCUUUGUGUUACAUCUGCAAUUAGUGCAAAACAAUGGGCUUUCUGCUGGAACAGUACUGAAAACCAUAUACCUAAACUGAGGUAAGUGUUUUGUGUUAAAGUCUCUUUAAACUUGCUCAUGUACCUGGCAGAGUUGUCCCAAUUUGCAGAAAACUAGUCUAGCUUACAUGCAGGUUGUCCCAUGUCCCAUGUUUUCUAUGAUGGACACUUGAUAUAGCCUAGGGGCAUACGAAGAUUGCGUAGCUCACCUGGGGGAUGCAUUGUUUGAGCCGAACGUUAUCACAGUGACUCUCCGCGACUCUCCGAGAGCAUACCGACAUACCGAGAGCUUUUUGGCUUCAAUUGGCGGAAGGUGGAACCAAGUUGUCCAUAGUAUAUACAGUCUAUGGUCUCAAGCCAUGUCAGACUGGGGUCACUAGGAAUCUGAGGGGGUCAUAUCUCCCCUGUCCCCAGUGCAUCCUGUGUGCAUGCAAACACCAUCAAUUCAUGUCAGUGGGGCCUGGCAUGCUCUGCUCUUCCUCUUGCUUAGAGGCGGUGCACCAGCUACUAUAAUAACUGUUGUUUAGGACUGUGCACAACAUGCUCAUGUGCUUCCUUCCUACCUACCUGACUACCAUAAUAACCAUUGUUCUAGUAUACACACAAAAUUUUUUUCCUUAUUCAUGAAACGCUAGAAUCAGGGACAUUUCCGGGGAAAGCUUUAGACAGGGACAGGUCCUUGAAAACAGUGUCUUUCUUAUUCUGCACUUUAUUAGAUGUCGUCUUAGGAGGUCUUGAGCUCCUUCAUCCCGUAGGUUCCUCUGAAUCCUUGCUGCAGACUCUAACUGCUGCAACUGUUCAUAUCAGUCUGACUUUUAUUAUCAUAAGUGUAAUCGGGAAUGUGAAUCUCAGAGCUGCUCAACUCUGCACGGUCAAUAUCGUCAAUAUAUCAUUAUUAAAAAUCUGUAUCAUUGUGACAAAGCUUCCUGUAAGGGACUGCACCAGUUCACCCUGAGUUUAAUAGUUCAUGGAGAGGCGAUCAGGGUGGGCUUGGUCUUAUAAUAUAUGGACAUAGACAACAAUGAUGAUAAUGAUGAACAUCAUAAUGAUAAUGAUGAUGGUGAUGAUGGCAGCUUCAUCAGAAGGAGGACCGUCUCUGAGAAGGAGAAGGAGCGCUUGGCGUCAGAGGUUGCUGCUGCUUGCUUAGCCUCAGCAGGAGGGAUGGCCUGCUUCAUCGUCAGCUGAAUAAUGUCACAUAAAAUUAAUGUGUCUUAUCAAGCAGAGACUCGAGCAUUGUGAUAGACUGGAGAUCCUUUUCCCAUGUCUUUAUCACACACACACACACACACACACACACACACACACACACACACACACACACACACACACACACACACACACACACACACACAGUCCUGAUGUUUGAUGAAAGUCUGGUGGGAUCUUGGAGGCCCACCCACAUAGUGACCCUCUGCAGUCUGUACUAAUGAGUUCAAAUCAUCAUCAUCAUCAUCAUACUAACUGUCAGUUCAGGACAAACUCAAUCAUUUUAAAGGGCUGUUUCACAUUUCUUUUACAGUUGUAUUAGUUAAGGACUACUGUCUUAGCUUGGUUUCCUACUUUUACUUCCAAUAAAAACUGAUGUCAGUAAACUCAGAGUAUAUGUUGGGGAAUCAAUUUGCAAACUAAAUUCUAAUGACUAAACAAAGCUGAUGGUGUCAAUCAGGGGUCACAAACCUUUUUGGCUGAGAGAGUCAUGAAAGCCACAUUUAAAAAUGUAUUUUUGUGAGAGCCCUAUUAUAACUUGUAACACUAAAUACAACUAAAUGCAUGAAUUUCUAAGUAAGACCAAUAAUUUUAGUGUACACUAGGUCUCUGAAUUUAUUCUUUGUUAUAGUGUUGUUAUACUAAAGCUAACCAAUAAUAAAUUAAGUACUUCUCACCAAUUAUGCGACUUCUGGUGCUGCAUGGUUUUUCUGAUGGCUUUGUAGUCUGGUUGGUACAUGGUAAGGUCAAGCUCCAUGUAGGCGUUGAGACUCCCAUCCAUUAAAUGUGAUCGUAGGUUGGUCUUUGUGUUUUUUAGAUGUGAGAAUGUCUGCUCACAUGCUUACGUAAAGCCAAACAUGGUCAAUACUCAGGCAGGACUGUAUACUGUAGUGUGUGGUAUGUGACAGAAAGUGCAUUCCAAGUUUUUGCAAUAAGCUGGUCUGCGGGUUUAAGUUUUCUGCCCACUUGUGUUUGCUUGCCAACUCUGCUUGCUAUCGUACAAGUCUUUCCAAAUCUUCAUUCAGUGACUUGGACUUAUUCACCCACAUGUCUGAGGCCUUCAGGUCAGCAACUUCUAGGUCAAAAUCUCUGAUAGAGACAAAUUCCGGAAACCAUCCUUGAACAGAGGUGGUGGACUAAGACACUUCCUAUCCCUCACUUACCGUUCAGCCUUGGGUUCCAUUCAACAACAAUCGAAACAAUGAUUUUGUGCUGGAUCACAGGCUCCAAAUCAUGAAAGCAUGGCAAACCUGAAGAAGCCCAGGAGGGCACCCCUCCAGGUGAAACCAGGUGAACAACCCAGCUAACGACUUUCUGGUGACCAAGCUGGUAAUGACUCUCAGGUGACCACCCAACUUUUUUACAGUGGGAGGACCAACAGAGGCUUCGAAUCUCCUACUUUGGCCCCUGUCAUGUUAGAACUGAAAAAGCCUUUUGGAAGAGAGGAGGAACGUCUUCAAGAACCUCAAACAAGUCCAGUUGCCCUUUCAAUGAAGAAUUGGAGAACCAUGACCUGGAUGAAUAAACUUACACAGACAUUUGGUCCGUUGUUAUAUUUCACAAGAAAACCAUUGUGCUCCCAUUCAGGAGACCUUCAUCUCAGUGGAGGACCUUCUGGUUCUUGCUGGUCAUAUGUUGAGCCAGCUGCCAUGGCUGGAAAAGCAUGUUCUGUGUGUGAUCUGCUUCAGUCUUCCAGCCAUGUGGGAACCCAGAUUCCAUGCACUUUUAGUUUUAGAUAUGAAUACAGUAUGUACUUUUACAGCCCUACAGUCAGGUCACAGAAAUACACUCACAGCUGAAACUCAUGAAGAUCCUGAAUGCUUGUUUGAGCUCAGAACUUUGAAUUUUACCUCUCAGCCACCUUUCUGUGUUGAAACUGAGCCCUGCAAACAGACUGACUCUUACAACAAUAAACCAAACUACCAGGCUGCUAUUAAACCAAGCAGAGAGUGUUUACAUUCACACUCAGGCACACACACAAGCACACACACACACACGUUGUUAGGACAUCAGAGAGCCUGGUGUUCGGAUAGUCUGAGCGUCCAUGCUUCAGUGGACAGAGAGAAAAGUUCUCCAACACAUCACAGACCACAAGACCAGCUGGUUGCCAGGCAGGCAGCUGGCAUCAGCUGGCAUGGCUCUGUGUGUAUGUGUGUGUGUGUGUGUGUGUGUGGGUGGGGGUCCCUCUGUGCACUCAGAGUUGCGCUGCUCCACACACACUCUGUGUUAACACAACAAAGAGCAGAGAGCAACAGGGUGCGUUCAGGGGACUGAGAAAAACACAUCAUAAUGAGCAGCACUGACUGGCUCAGUGUAAAGAUCUGGUUUAUCACUGCUCAGGUGCUUCAGAGAGGUGUCAGUGAGAGACAGUCAGAAGUAUACUCUUCAUAUUUUAUACAGGAGGUCCAGUUUCCUGCUGGUAUAGAUCCAAAAAGGUGGACAUGAACAGGCCUCCAUCGCAGCCGUGUGGCGUAAGCCUGUUUGAGUGAAAGUUAUUUAGAGAUUAAAAGUUUUGACUUUGACUUUUUCAUACUCAACUUUUGAUGUAUGUGUUUUUGGAGAAGAGGAUCUGUGAAAAACAAACAUGUCAUUUUAAAGUAUGGGAACACUACAGAUUUGAAAUGAGAGAGACAGACGACUUCACAGGUCAGGAGCAGUAGCAGGAUGACUGACCUGAUAACCCACCUACACUGGUGACACAGUGUGACUGUAGAGGCGUCUGUUCCCUGUCAUCCCUUUACCUUGAAUUUGGAUCUGUCUAUGAGUACAGGCCCCGGGUGCACUGAUGGACAGCAACAGCAUCACAAUGAGGUUAGAAGCUUAACGACAGUUCUCAGUAGCUUUAUGGUAACACCCCUCAGAACAAUAACCUACAAAGCUGAACUAAUGGCUAACAGCUCCAUUAGGUGAUUUAAAUGGACUACUGUGCUUGUCUGUGCAACUAUUGCAUUGACAGUAGAUGACAACAUGUCCUCUUUCAGCUCGUUACUAUCAGGCCAUCUCCUGAUUGCCGUAUUACACAUCCAAACAGUCAUCAAAACUCUUUAGCAAGAGGCUAACAAGAUGUACAUCAGAAGAUGUAAACACUGUCACUUAUGCAGCGCUGUACCGUUUGUUUUUACGACACAAAUCUUUUUAUAAUUUUCCCAUCCUUUCUUCAUCUAUAGAGGUUUUGUUUGCUAAACACUGAUCAUGCUCAAAACACUAGUUUCAGUUUGAUUAAGCCAUGACAGAGAAAACUGAUCCCCAACUCCAUCAUCCAGGUCUGUUAUAGUCUGAUUAUAAGUAGUUUGAUUCAGUGUGAUUGGACUGAUGUGUUUACAUGAUUUUUGAGCCCAGUUUCACUCGGAGUAGGGCAAUAAAAGGAUUUUUUUUUUAACUGCAUGUCAACAUACUGAUUUUUUUUCUGGCUUUUUUCCGUUGCUUUGCUGUUUUUUGACCACAUAGUUUAUUAUAUUCCAUUAUUUCUGUCUGUGAUGAGUGGAGACACAUGGGUACAGUUUCCUCACCAAUCAUAAUUUCAUCAGUCAGAAAUCUUUCAGGAAUAAGUGUGACUUUUUUUAAUUUCAGAGGAGGAAUUCCUUUCUCCAGUGGGAGACUAGAUGAGUUUGAGGUUGAAUGUUAAACUCACAGACAGACUUCAGGAGUUUACUGUCAGUAUUUUUUAAGCCUGGAGACAUCCCAGAAUCUUUUAAAGCUUGUCAAGGUCUCCCAUACCUCAUCUUCUGACAUUGGUAAAAACGUAAAAUGGUAAUUUAUAGGAGAAUUCAUACACUGGAGAGGACUGCUGUUGGUUGGUGAGAUAUUCACAGCAAGUGUAGGACCAACCUCAGAGAAAAGUCCACUGAAUUUAUGGGCACAUAGCUGGGGGUCAGUAAUGAUACCCUCAUUUCUGUCCAUUCUGCUCAGAGAUAAUACGAUGGGUAUGCAGUGUGGUCUGUGAUUGCACAUUUAUGUCAGAAAAACUAAGUCAAAACAUCAGCCAACCUCCUCUGUGAGUGACAUCAGUUUACCUGCACAGCAGAUGAGGCUGAGGUGUUUGUUCUGUGGAUGCAGAGAUUGGGAGUGGUCUCUGUUAUUUAAAAAAAACUGCUCUUUGUACAAAGGAACUCCAUAUAUGGGCUUCCUGCAGGUGUAGAGAGUGUUUGCUGUUUAAACUUCAGUCUGUCUAUCACAAACACUCCCUGCUCUGUGAUCCAUUUAACCUGUUGGAGCUGUUUUCUGAAUAAAGGUUUGAGCUGGUCUGAUAAAGAGAGAUAAGAGUUCAUAGAAAACAUGCCGACAGUUUUCCUUUGUGACUCAGACUGCUCUACUUUCCACUCUGCUCUGGCAAACAUCCAUCCCUCUCAGAUUUACUUUAUCUCUGACACAUACAGUUAUUUUCCAGAAAAGACAUGACCAAUGAUUUACAGUGUAGGUAAUCAUUAUACACAAUAUUCAAAUAACAACUGAAUAAAAGUUUUAUACCAAGUCGAAAAAAGUCAGGAUGCUUUAAAAAAUGUGAAUUAAAAAAAAAACAGAAAAUAUUUAAAUCCUUUCUUUGACAAGUCAGGACUGCAGGCGGACCAGUUUCUCAGCAGGACUCUUCUACUACAGAGCCAUGCUGUAAGCAAAUGUGGCCUUUUUUUGUUUAAGUUCUGUUUUUAUAGUUCUUGUACUGUAUCUGUAACUGGUAAAGGUUUUUUUAUGCAGUUAUAGUACUGCUAUAAAGAAUGCUUCCCUCUGCACAUCAGAGCUGUGGAUGCAGCGUCCAUGAUAUCCAAAAGGAAUGCCAAAUUUUAACUCAUUGCACUACAGGACAGUUUUCUUCUUUCUUUCAGUCCAUUACUGGCUUUUGAGCAGUGUUGAUAACAUGCCUGGUGGUCUCUGUCCAUUUUGAAGUGGAGGUCCAUCAUUUCCUAAAAGGAACUCAGCUCAGACACAAAAUGGAAAAAAAAAAUCAAAAUGAAUAACAAUGGGGUAAUUUCCUCCCCAAAGAAGUUUCAGUCUCAGGGCUGCUGAUGUGGAUAAAUCAUAGAUAUGAACAUUUUUAGUAACAGAUGAUGACUCAUUGACUCUGUCUCUUCUGCAAUAAUGAGUAACCUCUGGCUGUUUGCCAAAGAUCUAAACAUAAGCUGAUUAUACAUGGUAUCCAAGAGUGCAAGGGAUAGUUAAAGAGUGAGUGUAUUACUCUAUCAGCUCAGCUCUGUGCAGUGAUUUCCACUCCAGAGUCCUGUUUGUUUUUAAUGCAGGGCUGUCUGAGGGCCUAAAGAUCAGGACCAUCCAGUCUUGGUUUUGGUCCUUGUCUCUUCAGUACAGAGAUUUCUCUAGAUUCUCUGAAUCUUUUACUGAUAUUAUGUAAUGUAGGUGAUGAAAUCCACUCAUUCUUUUACAUUUGACACUCAGGAACAUUAUUCUGAAACUGUUGAACUAUUAGCUCACACAGUCUCUCACAGAGUGGUGAACCUCUACCCAUCUUUCCUUCUGAGAGACUCAGCCUCUCUGAAUGUCCUUUUUAUACCAAGUCAGGGUACUAACCUGUUGGAGGAAAUUCUCCUUAUUAGUUAGAAAUGUUCCUCCAGCUGUUUUAAUUCACUGUGAAUCAUUUACUGUAUUUUAAUAAAUAUUUUAACAAACGAUUUACUUCUUUACAAAUCCUCACACAAACAGCCCUGUUCCUUAUGCACUGUGUCUUAUUCUACACAACGACCCUGCAGCACAUGCUUUGCACAGUUACAGAGAAAAUGCUUAGGUCAGCAGUUUAAAAAAAGAGACAACAGAUAACUGACUAACUGACAUGCAAAACAUGCAAAAUGCCCUAAAUGCAUCUACUCACACCUGAGGGGCAAGGUUUGAAGAAAUGUUUCCUUUAUUUUACUUUCUCUCACAACAGUCCAACUUUUACAGAAGAAGAAACCAGAGGAGGUCAGAGGGGUCACCAAUGAGCAUUUAAACUCACAGACCAUGACACAUCAGCCUCAUCAUUUCUUCUUCCUUGGCCUUAGUUCACCCCAAACUCUACCCAUCACCCUAAACUGCCCCCAUCCACUCCACCCCACCUCACCCUGCCCCCCGCCCCAGCCUCACCCUCUCUCUGCGCUCUCUCUUCCCACAGUCUUGUGUAUGUGACCUUUAGUCUGUCUAUUGUUCUGUAAGUGGGCCAAGAGGAACCAGUCAUCUGCUUAUUGAACCAGUGGUUAGCAGAAUGGGGCUGCGCUAAGUGUCAGUUAUGGACUCUGUGUGUGUGUGUGUGUGUGUGUGUGUGUGUGUGUGUGUGUGUGUGUGUGUGUGUGUGUGUGUGUGUGUGUGUGUGUGUGUGUAUGCAGGAUAUGAACCAUAUGCUGUUGGGUCUUAAUCCCCUGAGGAUAUCCUGUUGUUUAUUUAAGGAUUAUGGAUAAGAACCAUGUGCAUAUGGUCUGUUACAUAAUUCUGUGAGUACUGACAAUUACACUAAUCUCUUCUCUUAAAAAAAGGAGAUUUAACAGAUUGUAACUCACUGUGUCAUCACUUCUACAACCACUUUUACAUUUCAGAACAUCUGUUAAUGCUAGAUAAGUGUCUGUGAUCGCUGUAUUUGGGAUGAUUUAGGAGGGAAACUGAAGAUGUAAACCAGAACUGAGAGUCGCUAAAGGGCUGAUAUGCACCUGCCCUUAUAUUUCCAAUUUCAUAACAUCAUUUCACAUUAGAGAAAUGGACACCUGAUGCUGCUGAUAUUAAAGUGAUUGAAAUACAUACAUUAUUCUGAUCUAAAUAUAUCUCCAGUCUCAGCCAAAUGUAUGACUCCAAAAAGAUAAAUAAAGUGUUUGGAAAAAACAAUCUUGAUAAAUUACAAAUCAAUAAACCCAAUAUGUUAUGAUGAGGAGAACAGCAUAAUAAUGAAAUCAACUUUUGGGGUUUGGAAAGUGAAAUGUUGGACUGCAGGCAGACCAGUUUCUCAGCAGGACUCUUCUGCUACAGAGCCAUACCUAUGAGAUACACAUGACACAGACUUUGAUGAUCCCCAUGCCAUCAGGGAGUCUGGAUUUAACUGAGAGCUGAGAACAAGCUGAGUGGUUCCUCUACUCUUUAGACAGGAGGCUGCAGCAUCACAGGUUUCCUCUUCCCCUCAGUCCAAUAUGGGCUCAGGUCCAGAGAAGCCUCCCCUGUCACUGGAUCACUUUUAUAGAUGGUCAUAUGUGGCAACCAUGAUUUCCAAAACCUGUAGAUAUUGCAUUCAUGGAGCCUUCACAGAUGUAGAUACCAGUGGCGGCUGCUGGUCUUUCAAGGAGGGGAAGCUCAUUUUUCUGGCCUACAUCAUAAUUGUAUUUGUUUAUUAGUAUGUAACAGAACAGAGUCGCCAAACACAACGGCAGUCGUUUUUAACAAAGACAAAAGUCGCUGAGGAUCGGUAAAGUCUCCGGAGCAGUUAAGAACAACGGAAUGAUUAACUUGGAAAAUGCUCUGGUAGAUGUUUUAUUCUUCAAGAUCGCUGAUUCGCUUGUUUAGCUGUCAAUCAAAAAAGGAUUUCGCCUCUGACAGCUCAUCCAAUCAUGGAUGCAGAAGCUUGGAGUCCGGGAGAAAGUCGGGACCGCCCUCUCGCCAUAGAACUCCAGUGAAGCUGGGCUUCCGAUGGGCGGGACAAAGCCCAGCAUUUAUCCAAUGAGCGUCUAGUUUCGCUGCUGGAACAACCCACUUUCAGCUUCCACAUUGAAGUCAGCAGAAGCCCAGCGUCCGGCUGUUUAAAGCGCUGAGGCGCUGCGAGGAUGAAUGAGAACGAAGUUAUGCCGGUUACCUGUGAUUAUCAGCUUCUUAUCACAGUGUCUGAACAAAAGAUGAAGGCUUUCUAGCGCGUAUUUAGUUAAUGAAAUGUACACACAGCCGUACGUAUUUCACCACUUUUUCUUUUUUUUGGGGGGUGACAUUUUAAGGGAAGCCGAGCUUCCCUUGCAGUCUUAGAGCAAUCGCCACUGGUAGAUACCCAUGACAUAGACUCUGAUCCCCAUACUAUCGGGGAUGCUGGAUUGAAUAGAAUAUUCCUUUAUUGAUCCCCCAUGGGGGAAAUUUUUUUUGUCACAGCAGCAUCACAGACAAAGAUAGUGCAAAAUGCAGUUAUAAAAAUAAAGAUUGUUAUUUUAAGAACUUAAAUAAAUAUUAUAAUUAAGAAAAAAUUUAGGAGAAAGGGAGAAGAAAAUAAAACUAUAUACAAAAUACACAAUUUAAAUGCCAGAAAAAAAGUGGUGGUGUGAGUCCAGUUUCAUUACAGUUUGUUAUAAAGUCUUAUUGCAGAAGGGAGGAAUGACCUGCGAUAGCGCUCCAUCUUGCAAGGUGGGAGUCUAAGUCUGAGCCGGGUGGACCCUCCUCUCUCCAGAUUUGGAUCCAGCGAUCCACAAGACAGUCAUAUUCACGGGCUGAAUAUUUCUCACAAUAAACUGCUGAACAUUUUAAAAAGGUUUUUGAUUCCUAUACUGCAUGUGAGGAAACACUUAAAAAACAGAAACCAGUACAUUUCCACUUUUCUAUUGUUUUGGACUCUUUACAUAUAAGUUUUGAUUUUGUUGUACUGUCAGACCCAGUUAAAGCAGAUCGGAGAAGAAAUACUUGAAUGAACCAGUUAGACUCUAUCACAGUUUGGAUUUGUUUUAUUUGAGCAUGAAUUUCUUCACUUCAGAAUUUGCUACUCCCCUUUUUCUACUGGGACUCAAGUGGCUGUGUAUUUGUCCUCAUCAGCCACCGUACUGGACCAACCACACUGACUGACUGACUGACUGACUGACUGACUGACUGACUGACUGACUGACUGACUGACUGUGCACCACCUGCUCAGUAAAUCAGAAUCAGAGCCAGCUCCAUGGCUCAGGAAAGCGUGCACAAACUUGAUAUUUGACUCCAGAUUUGUACAUUCCUCUCAAUAAGCGAACAUGUCCGGGUCUGUAAAUCUAUGAGAGCCUGAUGUUACAGCUGAGCGUGCAGGCAGUUGUCUUUUUCAAACAUGGCUGAAGUUUUGAAGAUGAUCAAAUGUGGGUGUUGUUGGCUUUCACUUUGAUGUUUUUGAUAAAGAGUGUGAAGGACUCUCUCCCCUCCGUUACUGCGGUUCAGCGGUGGGUCUGGACAGGAGGGGGGAUGACCUCUGACCUUAUGUCUUUCUCUGUCUAAUCCUUGACAGCCAUGAAUCUAGAAGCUGAGAGAGAUACAUGGCUGGAAACCCCCUCUGCUUCUCUCUCUUUACUCCUCUCCUUCCUCUUUCUGCUCCCCCUCUCCCUCCUCCCAUGACCCUCUACUUCCAUUUUUUCCUCUCUCCUCCACCCUAACCUCCUUUAACCCUUAACUCUCAUCCUUCUCUAAUUCUCUCCUUUCCUUUCCUCUCUAACAGCCUGACUGCAGUGCUUUAAGGACAACAUGAGGGUUUUAUUACUACAUGAAUCUACUGAAACAGUGAUGCAGCAUCAAAACUGACCCAUCUAAAGUGUUAGCAGCUGUUUUAGGCACAAAGACGCCAGGACCAGGAUUAAAUGACUGUAAAGCAAAUAUAUAUAAUGAAAACAUCUGAGUAACCUGUUGAAUUUGUGUUAAAUUUAUAGGUUAAACUGUAAAUAAACAGAACACUAAGACUGCUUUAGGUUUUGGUUGUGGACACUGCAAAAACCUCAACUAUAGCAAAUGUUGUGUUUCAUUUUAAGAGAAUAACAAAUUCAACUGAUUUAACCCAGAAAAAAUCUUGCAAAGUAAGAAAGAUUUUCUUCAAAAAUAACUAGCUUAAACAUGCGGUAACACUUUAUUUGAUGCCUGUCUAUAUAAUGCAUUAUAAAUAUAUGUAAAAUGUGUUAUGAUCACAUUAUAGCGCAGUAUAAAUAUAGUUACAAACACUUAUAAAUGAUCAUAAUGCUUUAUGGCAAUAAUCAUAAUAAAUGAUAAAGCAUUUUAUCAUGACUUACAAGGUCAGGUAUUAUAAUGUGUUAUAACUGUUAAAACUCACUGACAAUGCACACAUAGAUAAUGCAAUGCAACUGUUGUUAACAGUUAUAACACAUUAUAAAACCUGACCUUGUAAGUCAUGAUAAAAUGCUUUAUAAUGUGUUAUGAUCAUUGUUAUAAAGCAUUAUGAUCAUUUAUGAGUGUUUAUAACUAUAUUUUUACAGUGCUACAACAUUAUUAUAACCCAUUAUAAAUAUAUUUAUAAUGGUUUACAGAGAUUGGCAUCGUAAAGUGUUACCAAACAUGCAAAAGGAUUUGAUUGUGCAAGACAGUUCAUCAGAUACUGGACCUAAUGGUUGUAAUUUUGUGAUAAAGAAUCUCUGUUCAUUUCAAAUUUGAUAAAGCAACAUGUUUCUAAAAUCUCCUUUGAGAACAGCCAAACAGGUAAAUAGGUGUUUAAGAGGAACAGCCAAACUGGUAAAAAGUUGCAAUAGAGGACCUGAGUCCAUUUAACGUGGACUGAGGGAAAGAGGAAAACUGUCCUGGAGUCUGAUAAAUCAAAAUCUGACACUCUUUUGUGAAAUCAUUGUCACUGAAAGAGCAGCAACCACCUGGAUUGCUAUCAGUUUAUUAAGCCAGUAUUCAUUAUGUGAUGUCGAUUCAGAGGUUAAAAAGGGAAAAAAACAAAAAAAAAACAAUGGUGUUUUAUAGAAUUUGAACACUUUUUAAAAUUAGGAUUGUCUUACUUAUAUUUAUUUCCUGACUUCUGCAAAGUAUUGGUGCUGAUUUUGUAGAUGGAGUUCAAUGGAGUCUGGAUUCUGGUUGAACAUUCAGACCUCAGGGGCAUAAAAUGGCAGUUUGACAUCACUGAACACAUGAAUUCUUCAUCGGUUAGUGAUCUUGUGCUGUGUUGAGUCUCAGCUUACUCUCUGUAGCAUACAACAAAACUUGCUCUCCAGUGAAGGCAGCAGUAGCCGAGUAAAUCCUGUGAUCUCUGAGGAAAGUGAGUGUUUUUAGUUUGAAUCAUGUACUCUUAUUUUGGGCUGGUCAUCCUGACAGGCUGCUGGACUCUUCUGGGAUCCAAACACUGUUCUUGCAUGUCUUUAUGGGGGGUAGAGACGAGUGUGGGGCACCCAUUGAGGAGGGUAUUGUCUUGAGGUUUUCCUCUUGUUAGCACCCUUGGCCUUUCAGUGUGCUGCGUCACACAUACACACAUACACACUCACACACACUCUCACACACACUCUGCCUCUUCUCCACCCCCUCCCUUCCCCUGUCUUUUCGGAUCACUUAACAGGACAAUUACUCUAUCCAUCUUUUCUUUAUGCUCCAUUGUGUCUGUACCCUGGGUUUAGAAAGCUUUUAUGGGGAAACCAUUUCUUUCUCUUCUUUCAAGCUUUUCUUCUCGGCUACAUUCACAUUGUACCGUUUCAAGCAGAGAUGAUAAUGAUUUAGGUUCAGGGUCAGAGGCAAACUCACCAAGAUUUAGUGCUGUCUUAAAGGUAUGUUUAAAUGAUAAGAAAUCACUUGUUUUCAGCAAAAGGAAAAACGGAAAUAUUCAUGAUAUCCAUGACACUGUGUUGGUUGCAGCAAAGGGCAUGCUAAUGGGUUGCAAAGAGCUGCUGAACUGGCUAAAACAAUGAUCCAGCAUUUGGGAAAAGACAGAGAUGAGGUUAACUUUCAUUUUGCAUCAAAUGCUUGAAGGAGACUGAGGCUGUAUCUAGAGUUAAAACAACAUAAAAUGAGCUACAUUAAUGCGAACUGUUAUGCAAUAACCUUUCAACAACUCAUAUUACUGUAGGCAGGAGGCUGGAUCUGAUUUUGAAUAUUUGAUGUUUAAAGCCUACAUUUCUGCAGAAGAAAACUAGGACCUCUCCCUCAUGUGUCAUCAUGAUGAUACUUUUAAGAUGUCCUCACAGGAAGAGUUUAUAAAAAUCUUCUGAAGUUCAUCUAAAAUCAGUCAAACAUGAAUGACUGAAUGACUAAACAAUCCUCCAGACAUUAGCAUCAUUAUGUGAGAAACAGAGUCAGCAGGCUGUUUGUCCAGCAGGUUUGGAGUAUUGAACUACUUUUUAAGGAGGUCCCAACAGGUUAGAAACAUGACUGGGUAUAAAAAAACACAUUCAGAGAGGCUGAAUCUCUCAGAAGGAAAGAUAGCAAGAGGUCCGUGAGCUAAUAGUUCAACACUCUCAGAAUAAUGUUCCUGAGUGUCAAAUGUGAAAGAAAGAGUGGAUUUCAUCAUCUACAGAACAUGAUAUCAUUCAAAGAUUCAUGGAAUCUGGAGAAAUCUUUGCACUAAAGGGACAAGGACCAAAACCAAGACUGGAUAGUCCUGAUCUUCAGGCAGGACUCUGGAGUGGAAAUCACUGCAUGGGACCAAAUCAUUUCUUAAAACCAUUGUCAGUGAACACAGUUCAUCACUGUAUCCAAAAAUGAGGCUAAAAUUGAACCAUGUCAAGAGGAAACCAAAUAGAAAGAAGAUCCAGAGACAAAACUUUCAUUCUUUUUGGAAAUCAUGGACCCUUCAUUCUCCUCUCUAAAGAGUACAGGGUCCACUCAGCUUGUUAUCAGCUCCCAGGUUAAGUCCAGCACCCCUGAUGAUAUGGGGAUCACCAGAGUCCAUAUCAUAGGUAUCUUCCACAUCUAUGAAGGCUCCAUUAAUGCUGAACUAUAUCCACAGGUUUAGGAGCAACAUCUGCUGUAAUCCAGACAAAGACUUUUUUAGAGAAGACCUUCAUAUUUCAGCAAGACAAUGACAAACCACAUUCUGCAUCUACUUCAUAUGUUGUCUUUGCUCCAUUUACAAUUAAGUAAGAGGUUAAGAUGCUUUACAAAAGUUUAUUUAUUAUUAUUAUUAUUUUUUUUUAAAGAUUUGGGGUUGUGCAACUACGCAUAAAAAAUCCACUAAGUUUUGUUAAGAUCAUUGUUUAUACACAUGAACAAUUGCUGAGCGCCCAGUCCAGGAUCUGAGAUUAGUCUGUUAGUUUUUAGUUUUUGUCUAAACUUGGUGUAAAACUGUUUGAGAAGUCUGAGGAUCAAGGUUCUGAACUCAUGUUUUUAUUUGAUGUGGAAGAGCGGUGGUUGCACUACAUCUGAUGAAUGAACUCUUGCAACAGCACCAUUAUCAGAACUGUUGCUGCUUUCAAUUGUCCUCUAACAGGUUGGAGUGAAUUCCUCAGUUUAAACCCCCCAGUGGAAACAGCUCAAACCCAUCCCCCCUCCCCAGUCAGGAGCAGCGACGAGGGCUGUUGUCUGAGGGAUGGAGGGCGGCGUCUCUGAGAAGAAGGCCUGCUCGUUCUCUGUCCUGGUGUCCGGACUUGAUAGCCGUGAUACAAGGCCUUUCAUGGUCUUAAAAGACUCUGACACACCACUGAGCCGAUGAGCGUCUCUCAACAAACACACAAACACACACAUCAACUUCAAUACAUAAAGGGUAUGUGGGGCUCUGCACUUCAAACCAUUAGCAGGGAAUUCUAAUCAAGUGUUAACUUUUCAAACCAUGCUAGGGCUUAAUAUUAGAUCACUUUUAUAAUCACCUUGUAGUAUUUAGGAAACUUGAGGCACACUGUCAGAGAUUUUCUGAGUUAGUCAAGCUGCGAACUUGGGAUAUAAAAAUUCGGCUCGUGCAGAAGACCCAAAAACUGCAUUUUCCCCAAUGUCCACUAGACUUAGACUUUAACUUUAUUGUCCCCAUGGGGAAAUUCUUUUCACAGCCCUGUCCCCACUUCACAAGUCCACCACAGUGGACAGGACACACAGUGAAACAUAUGGGACCAUCUUAACAACAGCAUUAAAUAUUUAAACAUUUAAUUGGGCCAAUACUAGCAAGGCCUUCUGUUAAGUGCAGCUAUGGAAGUAGGUACCAGGCUCUCCCCAAAUGUAUCUUCACACUGAGUGGAUUGUGGUAAAGUGUGUGUUUAAUGGAUGUGUAAUGUUCUGUUCCUUUGCGUUUGCAAUGUGUGCAAUGGCCCUGUUGUUGAGAUCUGUUAGAUUUGGUGUGGGGAGGCUGAUUAGUCUGGAAGCUGUGGUGGUUACGGGUG